AUGUGUUCUGAUCUGAAAGUCCUGGAUGACUUCACUGCCAUGCAGUAAGUACAGCCAAGAGCACCAAGUAGGGUGCCCCCAUCAUAUUUUCAAUGAAGGGGCUAGGCCCUUUCAAAUUUAUGCGGUGACAGAACAAGGCAGCAUGCAUGGGUACAGCCAGGGCUUUUUGGGGGGCCAUAGCUUGCCAGAUCUCAGUUCCAGCACUUCUCAGCUGAGCGCCAUUGCCAUUAUAAUUACUUUACAGUAAUUACUUUUUACAUUUUUUUUAUAUUAAAGAUUUCUGGGUUUACAAAGGUAUGCCUAAUGUCUCUUUUUUCAAGUUACAUUUAGAACAAGGGUGAGUUCAUGGUGAGUUCUGGCACCUCUUUUUCUAGAAAAAUUGUUAUGUACUGAAGUUCUCACCCUGGGCCAGCAGGGGGAUACUGUAGAUAGUUUUCACUCAGGUCCACAUAUGCAAAUAAGGGAUUGAAAAUGACGUUCAGUGAUUGGAUAGUUACAGAAAGUGGUUACUGUUGUGUUGUAGUGGAGCGCUAUAUAAGCAGGCUGGCUGAACCCUUCAGUUCAGUUCUGUUCUGGCCUGUGAAUAAACAAGAGCUGUUUGAAGAAUCACUGUGUCGUUCACCCACAACUUAACAAAAAUAGCACUGGAUACAGCUAUAUGAUCUAGUGUGUGUCUGAACAGCUUCACAUGGAGUCUUUCACUUGUGCUCUAGCUUUAUAUCAAGCAUCACUCAAGCAGAAUGUAAAAUGCUGGUUCUAUCCCGUGUCUUUUUGCACAUGAAAAAUGUGAUUUUAAUUUGAAAGGGAAGAAACCGUAUCCUACUAUGACAAAAUAGCAAAGCAAGGAAAUCGAGAAAAAUUCACAGCCAUUCUUUGAAACACACAAAAGUUAAAAUACUGAAACAUAUGGAAUUACGCGAACCGGCUAAGCACUUGGAAGAACUACAACUCCCACAAGCCAUUGCGGCCAGCCGGCUGGGCGGCGCUCGGGCGAGAAGCCGGGGGGAGACUACAGUUCCCAGCAACCUCUGCUGCAGGUUCGAGGAAGCCCAGCGGCCUUGGGGCGGCUUUCGGGCUUCUUCCUCAAGGCGCCGUCGGCUCCGCAGGCGAGAGGGAAGCGGCCGGGCUGGGCCGGUGGCGCUGCUGCUGCUGCUUCUGAGGUGCGCGGCGGCUGCCCCCCCCCCUCAAGCGCCCCGUGAAACGGCCUUUCGGAGGCUGGCGUUGCAGCCUCGUCACGGGCCUAGUCCUCAGUGAGGUGCUUGCGCCGGGGGCCUGGGCCCCACUUCUUCGGGCGGUGUGUUGUUUGCCUGUCGCUUUUCACGUAACCGAGCAUUCGCACGGAGAGGAAACGCGUCAGGGAGAAGAGUCCCGGCCGGAUCCUUCCCGGCCCCUUUGACAACGGGACUUGUUUGCUCCCCCAGGCAGCCGCGAAUCGGGGCCCUCGCGUCGCCUCUUGCGUUGCCCGGGGAGAGGAGGCCGCCUUCCUGAGGACCCAGGACCGUUUCCCCGUGGGAACGCGCAGGCGGAAUGGUGGCAGCCCCCGCAGGGCAGGAGCGCGAGGGGGAUCAGAGGCAGGUUUCUUCUCCAGUGUUUUUGGGCCUGAUACUUGCACGGGGGCCAAAACUGACUUGCGCAUGUUGCCCGUGUGACUAACCCACCUGCUUUCCCCUCCGCGCCGCUUAGGGCAGCUGGGCUGGCGUUAGGCGGGUCCCGAUGUGGGGCGUGGAGUGUUUUCACAGGCAGGUGCUGCCCUGGCUUCUCCUUUCCUUCUACCUAGUUGCCCUUGGGCUACGCCUCCUCCCCCCGCUUCUGUUUCCUGAUGGAAAUCUCCAAAACAUGUCUUCUCCCACUUGGAGCUGCUCAGAGUUGCUUCACAGUGUGGGUAUAAAGGACUUUCCAGGUACAGUGGACGCUCGGGUUGCGAACGUGAUCCAUGCGCCGUGUCUGUGCACACCCGGGUCGCAAUUCAGUGCUUAUGCGCAAAGCACGAUUUAGCACAUCUGCACAUGUGUGAGCGCUGAAACCCAGAAGUAACCCAUUUUGGUACUUUUGGGUUCGGCACAGUGUGCAACCCAAAAACGCGCAACCUGAAGCGUCUGUAACCCGAGGUAUGACUGUACUUGAUAACUCUGUCCUAAGUGGCAUAUGUAAUGUUCUGACAAUAUAUAUGCUGGAGGAACCACAGCCAGCUCCCAUAGUGGUUCCUUUCUCCUCCCCACAACUGCCACCAAGGGGGCAAGUCUAAAUAGCCACCAUGUCCUCAGGGGGAAUGAAAAAGAUGCAGUAACAGCUUUUUCUAAACAAGUUAAUCCCACCCUGCCAUUUCUGUUAUAACCUUUUUAAAGCAAUGCUUAUCAUUGUAAUCACUUUUUGAGGUCUGCCUGAAAAGUAUAUGAAAUAAGUAAAUAAAAUAAAUGGUUUAGGAUAAAUCUGCACUUUAAGUAAAAAUAGGUUGGUUAGUGGAGCAGUAAACUUCCUCUUGCCAUAUGUCAAGAUAUUACAGAUCAUCAGUUUACCAGGUAUUUCCAUAUAUGCCUUGAUAAGUUACUGCUUAGUAAAAAUACCAAUACAUUUAUUUCCAUAUGGGGUGGGGCUCUAUACAGGGCCCAUCAUAUGUAACAAGAGAUAUGUUGUGUAAACUGGACUAACCACUUUCCUUGACCAGUCAUUCUGUCCUGAUUUUCAUUCCAUACUUAUAUCUUUGAAAUCUAUGCAUAGUUGUAAUUUAUCCCCCCCCCCCAUGUUGUGAAUGGAGUCAUGUCAGAAGGAUAGGAGUCUGAAGACUUCCAGCCAUAUAAAUGGCAAUAAUUUCCUCCAGUCAUUAGCAAACCUCAACAGAGACAUUCAUUCAGUGCUAUCGUUGGCUAUUUUCAAAGGACAAAUAUUAUCUAAGCAUCUUUCUCAUUGUUUUAAUUGUACUUUAAAAUAUGGAUAUUUUUUCAGAUAACACCAGUGUAACAUAAUUGAUGAAAAUAGAAAGUUCUGUAGUAAAAGAUUAUUUUAUCUUCUUCUUUAAAGGUCUGUGUUAUAAUUUCACAAUGUUUGGAAAUUUAUUUGAUGAAGACUUCUCCUUUUUGUCAAACAAUCAAUGUGGGAAGCAAAAAUCAAAAUGCAAAGAUGCUGAGCUGCUUGUUCCUAGAGAAAGCACCAAUUUAAGUGGAAUAAAAAAUCAGGGUGGAACCUGUUACCUUAAUUCACUUCUUCAGACUCUACUAUUCACACCAGAAUUUAGAGGUACUGUACAGUAUUUUAACAUUUUAAAAUAGCUUUUUCUGAAAGCCGGAUUUUGUGUUAUUUCACACAAAGUAGUUUACUUUACUUUUCUUACUAUAUAACCUAGGAAUGAAUGAAAAAAAAACUUCAAAAAUGUAUUUCUAAAUGUUGUAUUGGAUUAUAGACCAGAGUAUCUAAGGAUUGAGUAAAAUUCACAAUGAAAGAUACAAAGGUUGAAAGUAACAAAAAAGGCUUGUGUGGCAUAAUGAAAGUUAACAAAUGUAUACUCUGUAAAGUAUAUUUGGGUAAGAGUGUUGAUAUUUUUCCAGCAUCAAUUAUUAGGCUAGUUGGCUAACUGUUGAUCCAGAGCUGUAGCAUAGACUUGUUUUAUUCAGAAUUGAUUUGAGAUUUUGCCUGUUAAUGUAAGUUGGUCAUCACCACAGUGCCUGAUCCUGAAUCCGAAUAAUAUUUCUGUUUCAUGUCUGUGUGCCUCAGACUUAGCUUUUCCUUAUUAGAUCAUCUCAUCUUUCUGUGGAUGAAUGGGCAGGGCUCGCUUGCUUCCCACUGUAUUAAAAUGGUCCUUUUUGUCUGCUUUCUUUGAACAGACAUUAAACUCUGCAAUCUCACUAUUUUUUUAAAAAGCCAAAUUGUGCAAGGACCAACACUGACAACUUCCUCAGAAUAAAUAAACCUUUUUUCCCAUGGGGAAUGGACAAAAGCAAAAUGAUCAUGCUAGCUCGUGCCUAUGGAAAUUGUGAUACAAACCCAUUUGGAGGGCAAAGGAGCAAAAUAAAGACUGAUUUAGAAAGUUAACAUUUCUAUUUGCACACUUCUUUAUAAUUGUGGUGUUGGUAGGAGAUUUGUUCUCAUACUGGUAUUUUUCAUUUUUGUUGUAGAAGCACUGUUUUCUAUAGGCCCUGAAGAACUUGGUUCUUUGGAAGACAACAGUAAGCCUGAAUCAAAGGUAUUCAAUUCUAUACUUCAAUCAGCUCAAAGGUUUAUGAUGUUCACUAGGUUAGCUUGGGCCACUCAUUCGCAGCCUAAACUACAUCACAGGAUCAUCAUGAGGAUGAAAUGGGGAGAAGUCUGUAUGCCACCUUGAUCUCUUUGGAGAAAGGUGGGGUAUAAAUGCAAUAAAUAAAUAAAAUAUUUAUGAAGAUGAUGGAUAAUGCAAAGCUGGGGAUGCACACAUUACUUCAUGUGCUCAUAUAAUCUACAAAGCAGGGAUUUUCCUGCAUAGGUUCUGGUGCAGUGCUUUCAGAAUACACACAGGUCCUGUUGUGCAAACACUCAUUACACAAACCUUUAGUUAUUUGCGCAUGAAGAAUUUCUACCCUAACAUCACUACAUGAACAUCUACUUUAGAUAUCUGAGCAUGUUAAACAGUGAGCAGUUGUUCAGUGUCUAAAAAGAUUCUCUGACCAAGUGCAUUCUCUGUAGUUGGAGUGACUAAUCAAUAUAAAUAAUAUCAAAUCUGUCUUAGCUCUGUGCACUUAAAAGCUGUGAGGCAUUAUUACCAUGCACAGGGGAAAGCCUGGACUGUCCCUUGAUAUAUUCUUAAGAAAAGUAAUUAGGUGAAAUUGGGUUUAAGCAAAAUUAUUUUUAUAUAGUUGUUUCACAUGGAAGAGAGAGCAAGUUUGUUUUCUCCUGCUCAGGACGGUAGGACUUGAACCAAUGGCUUCACGUUACAAGAAAGGAAGUUCCAUUAGGAAGAACUUUCUGGUGGUAAUAGCUGAUCAACAGUGGAACAGAGUCCCUCAUGAGGACUCUCCUUCCUUUUAAAGCAGAGGUUGGAUGGCUGUCUGUCAUGGGUGCUUUGGUUGAGAUUCCUGCAUUGCAGGGGGUGGACUAGAUGACUCUUGGGGUCCCUUCCAGCUCUACAAUUCUGUAGUAAUGACUUGUAAUUGGAUACCUCAUUUAUAUUUGUUUAGUUAUGUUUGUUACAGGUUCUUUGCUGAUUAGCCAAACCUUCUCUUCAUUGAAAUGAAAACAUUUAAAAAGCACUUUGGGGCUAAAUGUUUUCAUAAGGCUAUUGAAUAGAGAUGGGGAAUCUGUGGCGCUCCAUAUGUUAGGCUUCAACUCCCAUCAUACCUGAUCACUGGCCAGACUGAUGGAAGUUGUAAUCCUAACAUCUGGAGGACUACAGGUUUCUCACCCUACUAUAUAAUAUUCAACUAAACAGAUGUAGUAGUUUGCUAAAUGCAUGAUCCAGCCAAAGCUAAGCAGACUUCAGCCUAAUUGAUAUAAAUGGAAGAACUGAACUGUACUUAAUUCUUUCCCACUGAAAUCAGUGUAAGUUAGAAAUCUGGUUGAAUCAUGCCCUAAUAUUUUUUGAGGAAGCACAGUUAGUUAUACCGUAGCCUGCAGAGGUUCAUCUUGAAGCAACUUGGAGGAGGGCGUUCUUUGUUGUGGCUUCCAGGCUGUGGAGUGAGCUCCCCACUGAAAUAGUGCAGGUAUCUACUGUGGUGAACUUCUAAUGGGCUGCUUAAAAUAUAUCCAUUUACUCAAUUUUUGCCUCAUCUUUGAUUACAGCUGGAAGAUUUCUAGCUACUGUAAAUGUAAUGUUUUGUUUUUAUUAGAUUUUUUUAUUGUACAUUGAAUUGUUUGGAUUGAAUUGUGUUUUUGUAUACUGACUUGGUAUUUAAUGAAAGGCAGUACAGUGGUACCUUGGGUUACAAACACUUCGGGUUACAGACUCCGCUAACCCAGAAGUUGUACCUCAGGUUAAGAACUUUGCUUCAGGAUGAGAACAAAAAUCGCGCACUGGCGGCAGCGGGAGGCCCCAUUAGCCAAAAUGGUACCUCAGGUUAAGAACGGACCUCCGGAAUGAAUUAAGUUCGUAACCAGAGGUACCACUGUAUGUAAUUUUUUAAAUUUAAUAAAUAUGUUCCUUGAAGGUUAAUGGAAAGUCAGCUUCUUAAAGUUUAUGAUCAUUUCUGUUUAGGUUCGAAUAAUCCCAUUACAGCUCCAACGGUUGUUUGCCCAACUUCUGCUCCUAGAUCAACAUGCUGCAUCUACAACAGACCUCACUGACAGCUUUGGAUGGAAUAGUAAUGAGGUACAAUAUAGUAUUCAUUGAUAGCAUCGCUCGCCCUGAAGGUGGUUUUCCCCGUGUUUCCUUUUCCUUCCAGAAAAAAAGGAAAUAAAAACGGUAUAUUUUGUCAAACUACUUUUGUUCAGAGCUUCACUGAAGGUAAAUAUCAGUUUCCUUCAUAAAGGAAGGGAAUAUGAAUAUUUAUAUGGUAUCACUACAUUUGCCAAAUAAUUUAUUAAUAAUGUUGACAAUUUUUAAAACCUUUAACAUUUGUAUGAAAUCCCUCCGAAGUAUUUUACUAGCCUGGCUGCCUAUAUUGUCAGCCAUAUAUUAGCCUAGGGUAGGGAUGGUCCACAGCUCUGCUUCUCGACCCACACCCCUAUAAUCCACCCCAUUCAUCAUAGUCUCCUGACCCUCAGGAGAGGCUCGGGGUGGCAAGAUACUGGGAAGGAUCCAACCCUUUGAGGUGGUUCCUCCCUCCUUCCUGCUUAAUAUUUCAUAGGUCUUCAAACUUUAAUUUCAUUGGUAGUUUAUUAAUUUUAAUUGGUAGGCAUACAAGUUAUGGGCAUAAUUAUUUUUGAAGAUUCUUUUGUUUCAGGUAUGUUUUUGUAAUAGGAAAUGAAAGGCAAAAUAUUAAAAUUGUAUAAUUUCCCAACAAUUAGUGGUAGUUCAUGACAUGUUUGCGCUCUUAAAAUGCUUUCAUAUGUUGCUUUCAAUAUAGCUUCAUCUCGCCUUUGGAACGCAUGAAAGAUGCUCAGACAGUUUAAAUGGGAAUUGUGCUUUAGGCCACAGUUCCAUUGCAGACCAUACUCUAGCACAGGAAUGGCUAAUGUGAUGUUCUCCAAAUGUUACUAGAUUUCACCUCUCAUCAGCCCCAACCAGCAAGGCUAAUGGCCAAAAGCCAGUGGGAAUUGUAGUCCAGCAACACCUGCAAGUCACCACAUUGGCUGUCCCUCCUCUAGUAGAUAUGAGGACAUCCCAUAAUGGGAGUUCAUGUUAUAUAGCUAUCAGUUGGAAAGACCACAAAGAUUCCAAUUUAGUGGGUGUCCCUGACACCAGAAGAACAAACUAAAAUGACAGAUAAGCAACCACAAAAAAGACACUGCUGGGUUAACAUGACAUCUGUUGAGCACUGCUGUGGCAAGAGCUUUAGGGACGUUGUAAAUUAGGUUAAUUUGCAUAAUUGGAUCUUAAUUGAAAUGAAGAGGAAAACUCUUUUCAAGCAAUGUCAAUUCUUUUUUAAAAAUAAUCUCUUAUCUUGCAGGAAAUGAGACAACAUGAUGUGCAGGAGUUAAAUCGGAUUCUAUUCAGUGCUUUAGAAACCUCCCUUGUUGGGACCUCUGGUCAUAAUCUAAUAAACCAGUUAUACCAUGGGACUGUUGUUAAUCACAUUGUCUGUAAAGAGUGCAAGAAUGUCAGUGAGAGACAGGUAAUUCCAUGGGCAAGUUUCAGAACAGUAUUCUGUGCACUCUCUUGUGUUUCCAGUGACAAAUUUUUAACCAGGAGUCCUCUGCAGCUUCACAUUUAGCAAUGCAGUCCUGUUAGAAAUGUGCAGAUCAAAUUUUAGUCAAGUUAAAAUUUCUCAAUACAGCUAUCUGUUGUUCAGAACUCAAUGUGAUGAUUAGAAUUAGUAAUGUUUUUAAAAUAAACAUUAUGGUACAAAUGUAAUCUUAGAAACUAGUCCAGUUCUCAACCUUUGCCCAAAAUUUCAAAGAUCUUUGGGAUUGCAAUGCAAAUCACAAUUGUAUAUUUUUAACUUUUGCUAUGCAUAAUUGACACAGCUUUUGAGCCAAAAUAACCUUACAAUAAGCCAAGGUAUGAACAAGUCUUUCACCCCACACAGCCCUAGCAAGCAGAAAAACAGGAAAAUUUCCAUUUAACAGUAGUUUCCCAUUUUAUCGACACCAGGAAACUGGUUGCCAUAUUCAGAACAGGCCAGGAUAGUAAAUCAAGAUUUGACGUUAGCUUGACUUGUUCUGAACCUGUUAACCAUUGUUUCCUGGCAUUGGUGGACUCGGGUUGUAGUUUUCUUAUGAGCUAUACAAAUAAGUCCAUAAUGUCUUUAAAAUACAUUUUUAAAGGAGGGCUUUCCUCUCUGCUCGGCUUUGUAGGAGGAUUUCUUGGACCUAACAGUUGCUGUCAAAGAUGUAUCUGGCUUGGAGGAAGCCUUGUGGAAUAUGUAUGUGGAAGAAGAACAUUUUGAGAAAGAUAACUUGUAUCGAUGUGGAGCAUGCAAUAAAUUAGUUGAAGCCACAAAGGUAAUAUUUUACAAGUAUUGUUUACUCAGAUGUUGAGUAUAUAACAUCCUAAAAUAAGGCUAAUUAUCUUCUGUGCAAAAUUCAUUUAAAUGUAAAAUCCAUUCAUUGUGUCAUGUGCUUGGAUGGUUGCACUCUAGAUGAUGGAAACUUAUUCUUGUUGUAAUUGGAAGAAAUGGCCAGUGAAAUGUUUUGUAAUCAUGGGCAGAGCUAUGGUAAUUCUUCCAAGAUGCUCAAGUCACCCCUCUUCAAAAUGGUGCCCUGGAUAUGUUUUGGAGGGCUUCAGGUUGGGGAAGGCUGACAUAGAUCGUGGGAAGGGCAAGUAUUCUAUUGCAUUUCUGAAAGUCCUACUUCCCUUGAAAUUUAAAGGAGCUUCAUGAAAUAAAUAUAUUGCAGAACUAUGAUCCUCCUGCAAAUGUAGGGACUUGGUGCAGACCUGCUUUCAGUUCUUAUUGUCGAAUAUGGAUUACUAGAGUGUGAAAAUAUGAGAUGAUUUUAACUUUUCCAGAAUGUUUAAAAUAUAUUCUCUUGUUAAGUACUCUUAAUGAUUAUGAAUAAAAUCUGUAUGUUUUAAUUUAUAUAUAUUUGCUUGUAUAAUUUUACCUUGCAAAAUUAGGCUAAGCUGUCUACUCUUUGGAUCCCCCCCCCCGUGUAUUUUGUCUUAUUCAUGGACUAUCAUUAUAUUUGUAAAAUUUACAUUCCACCUUUCCACCCAAUUGUACUAGUAGCAAUAAGAUACAAAUAAAAUAAAAUGCAUUAAAAUGGGAAUAAAAUAAAAUUAAAAAAUAGAAAAACAUAGCUUUGGUCACCAAAAUAUGAUCACUUUCCUAAAAACGUUUUACUUAUUUUACAGUCUGCUAAACUACGCAAGUUGCCUCCGUUUCUCACAAUCUCCCUCUUGAGAUUUAACUUCAAUUUCGAGAAGUGUGAACGAUACAAGGAAAUAAGCAGCUAUGCAUUUCCAAUCCGGAUAAACCUCAAGCCUUUUUGUGAGCAGGUUGAACUAUUUUUAUGUGUCUAAAUUUUCAUCACUUUGAAUCAUUAAUGUUUUAUGCUGGGUGAUUUGGGGAUAAUUGCAGAAGCUGUGCUCUUGUUUACUGGUACAAUCUUCACUUAAUUCUAUGUCCAGUUUCUUACUGUAAAGGUUAGAAGAGGUACAUAUCUUAUUAUAGUAUCCCUUAGGGCUGCUUGGUCAAACAUUUAUUUAUUGCACUUACACCCCACUCUUUUCUUUAAGGAGCUCAGGGUGUCAUACAUGGUUCUCUGCAUUUAAUCCCUACCACAACUGUCUGAGGUAAAGGUAAAGGGACCCCUGACCAUUAGGUCCAGUUGCGGACGACUCUGGGGUUGCAGCUCUCAUCUCGCUUUAUUGGCUGGGGGAGCUGGCGUCAUGUGGCCAGCAUGACUAAGCCGCUUCUGGCGAACCAGAGCAGUGCACGGAAAAGCCGUUUACCUUCCCGCCAGAGUGGUACCUAUUUAUCUACUUGCACUUCGUGCUUAUGAACUGCUAGGUGGGCAGGAGCAGGGACCAAGGAACAGGAGCUCACCCUGUCGCGGGGAUUCGAACCGCCAACCUUCUGAUCGGCAAGCCCUAGGCUCUGUGGUUUAACUCACAGUGCCACCCGCAUCCCUGUCUGAGAUAUGUUAGGCAAAAAGACAGUGACUGUGCACAACCGUGCAGGAGUCUAACCUGGAGUAAGUAGGUUGUCCACACCAUGGAGGAAUGGAUGAGAAGAGUUCCUGAUGGUGGCUAUUUAUAUUGUAAAUGUUCAAGUGCCCCAAAACACUCAGCUGUAUCUCUCACAUUGGAAUAUCCAUGUAAUGGCCUGUACUUUGAUAUUUCCAGUUCAAUGCCUUCUGUUUUUCUUGCUCUGUCUUUGAUUGUUUUUACCUUACUUGUGGAAAUAGCUUUUGAUUAUUGUUGUUUUGUUUGUUUGUUUUUAAGACUGAAGUGGAUGAUUUCAAAUACAUGUAUGAGCUCUUUUCUGUUAUAAUACACAAAGGUGGCUGUUAUGGAGGACAUUAUCAUGUUUACAUCAGAGAUAUUGAUGAACUAGGAAACUGGCAGGUGCUAGUAAGUUGAUUUCUAUACUUGCAUACUUCGCAAAUAAAGAAUUAAGGCAUUUUUAUAUGAACACAUACUGGAGUGAAGCAUAAAUCAUCAUUCCUCCAAGGAGCUGAUGAUCACAUAUAUGGGAGUUAUCUCACUGUAUCUUUAUGCCUAAAGCAUUGUUUGGAAGAGAGUUAUGACAAAAGACUGUUAGAUGCAGUUCCUGUUGCAGUGUAUAGAUGAGUUUCCCCUUUGUUAUUUUCUCAGUUACUCUAUAUAAAGAGACGAGAUCAUAUGCGUUUUGAUUUGAUUAUUUACUUCCCUCCUAAAGCAUCUUAUGUGAUUAUUUAGAUAAGUAAAAAUGAUUUCUAGUAUUUAAAGGUUCUGAGUUCUCUGUAUCAGAUUUUACAUGAUUUCAGGACCGAAACUUCAUCUCUGAGGCCAGGAAUCUCUCAUAUGUUGCAUUGUAAGAGCACAAUUUUACAUGAAGGUUCAAUAGUAAGCCUGGGAAAAGCUCUUGGGAGGAAUUCAGUGUAAUGCUAUGGGAACUGCUUAAUCAGUGCAAGCAUUUUAGUUUGUUGGAAUGAUCCCCCUCUUCUCCCCUGCACACUGAUUUUUGGGGAGUCUCCUGACACACACCCUUAGCCAGUAUGGGGGCACACACGGGGAGGAAGCCCUAAUGCACUAGUGGAGUCUUUGCAUGGACUUCCACUAGUGGGAGGCAUUAGUUGAAUCCAGGCCCUUGAAGCCAUGGAGAGCUUCUGCAGGUCACAAUGAGCAGCACUAGUUAAGAGGAACCAGUAGCUUAAAUCACUGUCAAGCUCUUGUUAACAUGCAUUUAUAUUAUGUUUACUAUUCAGGGGAAUCUGCUAUUGUGCAGAACUAUAUGCAUGUUACACACCUGAGAUACACAAAGCCAAGUUUAUUUGGUGAAUGAAAAUUAACACCAAGUAGUUUCUCUAACACAUAUAAUCUAAUAUUUGCAAUCUUUAAUCUCAUGUUGUGGGCUACAGCUAAUGGCAGAGGAGGAGGAGGAGGAAUGGUGAGAAUUGGUAUUGAUAUACAUUAAUAAUACAUUUAAUAAAAAGCAUGAAAUAAUGACAGUUGAGUCCUACAUGAUAAUCAGUGGAAGGCAGAUAGACGUUUUAAAAAUGCUAGCCUUCCUUUGGCAUAACAGAAUGCACAGCUCUCUCUUUCUAGUUCUUUUUUCUUUUUUGAAGUUAUUUUUGAUCUCUUGGAGGAGGAAAGCAACAUGAAUGAUGAAGAUAAGGAUUUGAAAGAUAUUGAAAAUGCAAAAGAGAAGGAAAAUCCAUUACGAAUUUUAAGAAACAUCUUAUUGGAGGUAGAGUACGCCAGAAUACCUUUCAUGCUCCUUAAUUAUAUUUAAGCUGAUAUGUAUUUAAACUGUACAUUUCAACACUGCUGUUUUAAAUUCAGCUCUGAGACUGAACAUUUCAGAUUUUUCUCUUUAAAUAUUGAAGUUCAAGAUCUGCUGGAACUUUAUGUGUGUUAAAAUAAUUUUCUUUAUGUGUGUAAAAAAAAGUCUGUUACACAAGUUAGCAAAACUGAGAAGCAAACACAAGAUUUGUCUUUGAAACAAUUUCCCACUUAUGUCCUUCAGCUGCUGACUCUUAUACAUGAACCAAGACAGUCAUGGAGUCAGUAGUUGGUACAUAAAGAGGAACUUUUUAAAAAGCCACUUUGGUGCUCACAGUUCAGAGGGUGUGUUAAAGGAUCUGUUUGUGUUUGGGAGUGAUUAGGUGAGCUGUAUUAUAAUGGGGGAAGGGACCAUGUUUGGGACCCAAUUUGGCCCCUCUGCUAGCACUUGCCUGUCCCAUUUUGAGUAAUAAUUAAUUUUAGUGUCUGCAGAUCAGUCAAUAGUUAUCUAAUCUUGUAGGAAGAGUCUAAGGAAAUUGCUGUGGAUCGGUUGGCACAGAAACUUUUGGAGAAAAAAAGUGUGUCCUGGAACAAGAAAUACCGUAAACAGCAUGGACCAAUACGGAAGGUAUUUGAAGAUAAUUCUGUUUUAUCUCUGUUGGCUUUAAUCCUUUUGCACUUUACAAUAUGUCUUACACAGUUCAACAUAGAAAGUGAUACUACCUGAGUUAGUGGUGAUUUUCCUGUGGCAUGAGUGGCCAUCCUGUUGUUUUACACUUCCCAGCAGGUCUUGCUCCUACGGAGCAGUUGCCAGGACUGAAGGUCCCUGCUUUCCACCCUUUCUCAGGCUCCUCCUCUCCCAGAUGUUUCCCAAGCAGACUCAAAUUGUGUCUGCACACCUCUGGUUUCUGUUCUGCUCUCCUCAUUAUUCUCUGUGUUCUUGAAGAUCAGGGAGGAGGGGAGUUUGUUGCAGCGGGAAAGUCCCUGGAUUCUUCAGCAGCCUCUUGACCCCGCAGCCUCGGUGUCAGCCUCAGUGUCUGAACUGCUCCCUGUUGCUGGCUCUUCCUGCUCACUGAACCCUGUUGCUCCUUCAGCAUCCAGCCCCUCCUCCCAAUCCUCUCCCUCUGACCUCUUCUCUGUGUCCCACUACCAAUCCUCUGGCUCUGAGCUUUUGUACUUUGGGCUUUCCCUUGGUUCCCCAGCUGGUGCUUCCCACCACCCCUCUGUCUAGCCAUUCCCUGACAAAUAGGUAUGCCAGAAGCAUUGAUUUAGCUAAACACAAAGCUACAAUAUUUGAUUUUUAUAUAGGGUGGUGUGAUUUUUACGUUGUGGUCAAACCAGGAGCAUAUGCUGCAACACUGAACAAAGAUUGUUAGCUCUUAACUUUGUUACCUUUGUUCCUGUGAAGCUGUGAUCUAUUUUUAUAUUUUGUUUUUUCUUUAAUGGUUGGUUGACCAUAUUGAGUAUUUGAUUGACUGAUUCUAUCAAAGCCUUUCCUCAGAUUAUGGAAAAGAGACUAAGUACAAACUAAUAUAACAAUGAAGUAUACAGAAAAUCUCCAAGUUUCCAAUGAUUCUUACAUAUGCUUCCCUACAUAUAAAGAGAAAAAAUAUAUUAAACACAUUAUCUUUUUUUUUAUAAGAUAUUUAUUAAAGUUUCAACAUAUUACAAAAAUAAAAGAAAAAAGUUUAAAAAAGAAAAAAAAGAAAAUGAAAAUACAAGGUAAAAACAGUUAAAAACAAAUCAGUCUUUCCAUAUCUUAUCUUUCAUUUGCUUGUUUCCCUGACCUCCUCCCACCUCCCUUUUUUGUAUUCCAGUUCAAUUAGUUAAUUCAGCAAUUCCUUUCCCUCUUUGAUUUUAUCUUAAUCUUUUAUCUUAAUAUAUUAUAACUUUAGAUUAUCACCUGUUAACAAUCCAUUUUUACAUAUUCCUUUAUAACAUUGCUGCUAAAAACCACUUAACUUCAAUCCAACAUCAUUCUAACAUUCAUUAAUUUUGCAGUAUUUCUGUAGAUAGUUUUUAAAUUUCUUCCAAUCUUCUUCCACCGACUCUUCUCCCUGGUCUCGGAUUCUGCCAGUCAUUUCCGCCAGUUCCAUAUAGUCCAUCACCUUCAUCUGCCAUUCUUCCAGAGUGGGUAAAUCUUGUGUCUUCCAAUACUUUGCAAUAAGUAUUCUUGCUGCUGUUGUGGCAUACAUAAAGAAAGUUCUAUCCUUCUUUAACACCAAUUGGCCAACCAUGCCCAGGAGAAAGGCCUCUGGUUUCUUCAGAAAGGUAUAUUUAAAUACCUUUUUCAUUUCAUUAUAAAUCAUCUCCCAGAAAGCCUUAAUCCUUGGGCACGUCCACCAAAGGUGAAAGAAUGUACCUUCAGUUUCUUUACAUUUCCAACAUUUAUUAUCGGGCAAAUGAUAGAUUUUUGCAAGCUUGACUGGUGUCAUGUACCACCUGUAAAUCAUUUUCAUAAUAUUCUCUCUUAAGGCAUUACAUGCCGUAAACUUCAUACCUGUGGUCCAUAACUGUUCCCAGUCAGCCAUCAUUAUGUUAUGUCCAACAUCUUGUGCCCAUUUAAUCAUAGCAGAUUUCACCGUUUCAUCCUGAGUAUUCCAUUUCAACAGCAAGUUAUACAUCUUUGACAAAAUCUUGGUUUUGGGGUCUAACAGUUCUGUUUCCAAUUUUGAUUUUUCCACCUGGAAGCCAAUUUUCUUAUCCAAAUUAUAUGCCUCCAUUAUCUGAUAAUAAUGAAGCCAAUCUCGCACUUUCUUUGUAGUGUUUCAAAACUCUGCAGUUUCAAUUUGUCUCCCUCUUGUUCCAAAAUUUCCCAAUAUUUCGGCCAUUUGGCCUCCAUAUUGAGCUUUUUCUGAGCCUUCGCUUCCAUCGGUGACAACCACCUUGGGGUUUUAUUUUCAAGUAGGUCCUUAUAUCUUAUCCAGACAUUAAACAAUGCUUUCCUGACAAUAUGAUUUUUAAAUGCUUUAUGUGCUUUGACCUUAUCAUACCACAAAUAUGCAUGCCAUCCAAAUACAUUAUUAAAACCUUCUAAAUCCAAAAUGUCUGUGUUUUCAAGAAGCAGCCAUUCUUUCAGCCAGCAAAAAGCUGCUGAUUCAUAAUAAAGUUUAAGGUCUGGCAGGGCAAAUCCACCUCUUUCCUUUGCGUCCGUUAGUAUUUUAAAUUUUAUUCUAGGCUUCUUGCCCUGCCAGACAAAUCUAGAAAUAUCUCUCUGCCACUUCUUGAAACAAUCCAUUUUAUCCAAAAUUUGCAAUGUUUGAAACAAAAACAACAUUCUAGGCAAUACAUUCAUUUUUAUCGCAGCAAUGCGGCCUAGCAGUGAAAGCUUCAAAUUUGACCAAAUUUCUAAAUCUUUUUUCACUUCAGUCCAGCAUUUUUCAUAAUUGUCUUUAAAUAGAUUCCCAUUUUUAGCUGUCAUGUUAAUCCCCAGGUAUUUCACUUUCUUAACCACUGUUAAGCCUGUCUCAUUCUGAAACCUCUCUCUCUCAAUCGCUGUUAAAUUUUUCUCUAAGACCUUUGUUUUUAACUUAUUCAGUUUAAAUCCUGCAACCUGACCAAAUUCUUGAAUCAGUUCCAAAACUCUUUUAGUACUAGAUUCUGGCUCCUGUAAUGUCAAUACUAAGUCAUCUGCAAAUGCUCUCAAUUUGUACUGUUUAGCUCCGACUUGUAUACCUUUAACCAAUUGGUCCCUUCUAAUCAUAUUCAGCAGGACCUCCAGGACCGAUAUAAAAAGCAAUGGGGAGAUUGGGCAACCUUGUCGUGUCCCUUUUUCUAUCUUAAAUUCCUCCGUCACCACGUUAUUAACAAUUAAUUUAGCCUUUUGUUCUGAAUAAAUUGCACUUAUACCAUUUCCAAAGCCUUGACCUACCCCCAUCCCCUGUAGGUUCUUCUUCAUAAAACUCCAAGAAAUAUUGUCAAAAGCUUUCUCCGCGUCCACAAAUAUCAAAACUGCCUUGGUAUUAAUAUUCACUUGUAAUUUUUCUAAAAUAUUGAUUAUGUUUCUCAUAUUAUCAGACAAGUGUCUACCCGGGAGAAAGCCUGCUUGAUCUUUAUGAAUCUCUUCCACUAGCACUUUUUUUAGUCUUUUAGCCAAAAUAUCUGCAAAGAUUUUAUAAUCCACAUUAAGCAGUGAUAUGGGGCGGUAGUUCUUGAGCUGCGUCUUUUCAGUCUCUGUUUUCGGUAUAAGUGUGAUAUACGCUUCCUUCCACGACUCUGGUGCCCUUUUCCCAUCCAAUAUUUCAUUACAGACUUCCUUUAAAGGUUGUACUAACCAUUCUUUUAAAGAUCUGUAGUAUCUAGAAGUCAGUCCAUCCGGUCCUGGAGAUUUACCUAAUUGCAUAUUCUGAAUGGCACCUUCUACCUCCUGUUCAGUUAUUUUAUAAUUCAACAUUAAUUUGUUUUCUUGAGAGAUUUUUGUAAUCCAUUUAUUUUCAAAAAUCGAUCUAUAUCAAUUUCUUUCUGUGGCCCUUGUGUAUAUAAUUGUUUAAAGUACCUCUGGAAACAGUUUCUAAUCUCGACUGGGUUCUGUAUGUUCUUUCCUUCCACUUCUAGAUUUAUAAUAGUGUUUAGUUUUUGUCUUUUUUCAUUUGCCAGGCCAACAAUUUCCCACAUUUAUUAGCCGACUCAAAUGUCUUUUGUCUCAUUUGUUUAAUUUUCCAUUCUAUUUCCUGAUUCAUCAUUUUCAUAUAUUGUACUUGAUAUAACUUUAUUUCUCUCAAGAUCUCUUGCGACUUUGGUUUUGCUCUCAAUUUCUUCUCACUUUCCUUUAUUUUCUCCAAAAUUUUAUCUUUCUUCUCAUUUUGGAUUCUCUUCUUUAUUGCAUUCUGUUGUAUCAGGAACCCUCUCAUAACCGCUUUGCUUGCGUCCCAGAUUACUCUUUUUUCAACAUUAGUGUUCAUGUUUGUCUCGAAAUAGUCUCUCAAGGUUUUUUGGGCCUUCUUAGUCACUUCUUCAUCUCUAAAUAAGGUGUCAUUCAUCCUCCAUCUGAAAGAGCCAGUUGGUGUUAGUUUCAUCUCCAUCUUCACGGCAUUAUGGUCGGAGCAGGUUUUUGGACAAAUUUCCACUUUUCUUGUCUUUGGUGCCAUUCCUCUAGUUACCCAUAUUUGGUCAAUUCUUGUCCAUGUCAUUUUGGCUUCAGAGAAGAAGGUUCCCUCUCUACCCAAGGGAUUCUUUGUUCUCCAAAUAUCAACUAAAUCCAAGUUGUCUGUCAUCUCAAAAAAGGUUUUCGGUAGUCUACCAUCCUUAGUGACUACCUGUCUUUGUGCCUUGUCCAUAUUUGUAGAUACCACUCCGUUCAUAUCCCCCAUCAAAAUCACAUUAUAGUCCAAAUAGUCCAUCAAGGUCUCAUGCAACUUUUUAAAGAAUUCAGAUUUCCCCUCAUUUGGUGCAUAAACUCCUACUAUCAAAAAUUUCUCUCCUUGUAUUUGAAUUUCAAUUGCCACAAAUCUUCCUUGGUCAUCUUUAAAGAUAAAUUUCGGUGAUAAACUCUCCUUUGCAUAAAUCACUACUCCUCUUUUUUUAACUUUGUCCGAUGAGAUAAACUCUUGACCCAGUCUUUUGUUGAUCGAUACUUUUCUAUGUAGCCUUAUCACAUGUGUUUCCUGUAAACAAAUCAAGUCCAAUUGUUCCUUUUUUAAUAAAUGAAAAACUCUUUUCCUUUUCUGGGGGGAGUUGAGACCAUUAGUAUUCCAGCUUAAUAGUUGCAGAGCCAUGAUGUAGUUACUUUGCUUUUCCUCCAACUGCGCCAAGUGUUUGUUCUUGUUCCGUCGGGGGUAUCACUUUCUCUAAGCAGUCCAGUCCAAAAGGUAGUGUUGCUAUGUCUAGUAUUCCUCUUUCUAAUGCUCUUAGCUCUUCUCCAGAUUCUUUCUGCAAAUCUUCUUCGUGAUCUUUCAAAAAUCUUUCUUUGUCGCCCACUGAUCUUAUUUUUAUCUUUCUUCCUUUGAAGCUAAAAGAUAGGCCUUGGGGAAAUUCCCACCUAAAGAUAAUUCUGUUGCUUCUCAACAGGGCAACCAAAUCUCCGUAAUUGGACCUAAGGUCCAAAAGAUGUUUCGGGAUGUCUUUAAAUAUCUCCACUGUUGACUGAUGUAUUUCCAGAGUCUUCUGAAAGUGCAGUCUCAAGAUUUUGUCUCUCUCCUCUUUUGUUCGGAGGGUGAUCAAACAGUCUCUCACCCUGUUCUUCUUCCCCCCUCUUCCAAGCCUAACAGCACUCACUAUCUUAAAAUCUUCCUUCUCCAAAUCUAGGUUCCAAAAGUCUGCAAAUUCCUGCAUAAGAAAGUCAAUCAGAUUGUCUUUCUGAAGUUCAGGUACGGCCCUGAUCCUCAAAUUCGUUUGUUUCUCCUUCAAUUCAAUCAUAGACAACAUCGACCUGUGGUCCUCGAGUUGCCUAUGUAUCGGUGGUAUCUUCUCCUCUACAGCAACUGCUUUUUCCUUUGCUUCUUCAGCUGUCUUUCGGGUCAAAGUAGAUUCCUGUAGCAGUUUCUCAGUAGUUUCUGUGUUAGUAUUCACCUUCUGUCCCAAAUUAUUAAUGCUUGUAGUAUUUUGAUCAAUUUUAGUUGAUGCUUCAGCUACUUGUUUACUUAAUUUUUCCAAAGAUUUAUUAAUUUUGCCUAAUGCCAGAGCUAAAACAUCUUCAGAUGCCAUUCCUUUUCAUUUAAAUUGUACAGAAGCAGCCCCUGAUGGUGCAGAAGGGCCAGAUGCUGAUGCUCUUCGCGGCUGCCAAGAUUUACCAGACCUCGUUUUUUCUUGAAGCAAGUCUAUUUUUUCUUUUCCAUCUGCCAUAACACUCUAGCUGAAGCCCAAGGUCAAUCCCACGGCCAGAAUUUGUUUUGAAGUGGAAAAUUCCCCUGGCCCAGUUGUUGUAACAAUUUCAAACUUCCUCUAGGGGGACACAGUAACAGUCAAAGCUUGUUGCAUUAAAAAAAUAACUCUUUUUAAUCCCCCAAUUCACAGAAUAGGCAACAAUUUCAAUUUCAGUUAGUUUCCAGUUACUUUAAAAUCAAGAGAAGCCAGCCAGAAACAAUGUAUCUCUCUUGCAGAGUUAGCUGUCAAAAAGUACUCUAUUCACAAGCAGCACAUUUCACAAUACGUCAAUCUUAUUGUCCAUUGGCAGCCCGUUCCCAGGUUUUAAGCGGUGGAUUUUUAUUUCCUUUCCUCUCUUUUUGCAGGAAAAUAUAGUUCACACCUUUCCCCCCUCCUCUCCUGCAACCAAGGGGGGAACCGCUUGUUUUGAUGUUAGGAUUAUAGUCCUUUUCAAUCGACUUUCCAGGUCUUAGCUUACAACUUCUUUGCUUUACUCUAUUUACAAGAAACGGAAGGCGGACUUCCUGUUUAUGCCUCCCCGCUUCGGUGCCGAAUUGAGUCUUUAUUUUCCUUUAUUUCCAAAUUUAACCUACUCACGGGUAGUUGUUUUGUAGCCAGAUUGUCACAGGAAAAAGUCAGCGCUCUCUGGUAACGGCUGUGCGGCUUUGCUCCACGGAAGAAGCAGUUGACUCUCAGCACCGCGCCGCUUGCCCCGCUUCGCUCCGGAGCCCGUAAUUGGGUUCCUUUACAAAUUGGGGGGGGCGCGAAAGGUGCUCGCCGAGUCCCACGGUCACAGGCUUCACCCGCCUGUGAUUUUUUAAAGGGUCCCCGCUUCGCCGUAGUGGAACAGACCCGAUUUCCGUAGAGCCAGUCCUUCCGGAUCAGAGGGAGUCCGCCAUUACCGAUGGCGCCACCCCGGAAGUCUAAACACAUUAUCUUCCAUUAGUAAUGAUAGGUAAAUAAAAGUUGGGGAAGGCCAAUAUAUGUUGAACAGCCCUUUUCUUUGCACCUCAUAAAUCUUAGGAAUUGUUGGGAGAUGGAAAUUUUGCCUUUGGUUUUGACUAACCAAAAGUUAGCAUUAACAUCCAAAUAUGAACAAACUAGUUAGGCAUAACUAUGAUUUUUAUUUUUAUGCCAGCUUCAAAUUUGGCUUAUGAUACUGACUUGUUUUAGUUACUUUAAGCUGCAGCUAAUUUUAGAUAUGGUUAAGGGUGUAACACCAAAUACAGUAGCAGAAAACAGAAGAGUGAACUUCUGAAGAUACAGUGUGAGAGAAUAGGUGGGAGCAGCUCAGGCAGCCAAAUUCAGAAAAAUGCAGUUCAUAUCUGAAGGAAGUUAAUUGAUAGUAAGUAUAAUUAAUUGAUAGUUGUAAUAUUUUAAACUGGAUUUUAAUAAGACCUUUUUGUCACCCCCUUUCUCUUUUACCCUUUAGUUUUUGCAGAGUCAUUAUCCAACAUUUCUUCUAAGUUCUGAUGAAAGCAAAGUUAAGCUGAAUGAUCGUCAUAAACUCCAUUUUGGAUCAGCACCCCAAAGCAUCCCUCAGAACCAUGAGGUAAAGAUGUCAUCAGAAAAAGCAACAACAGGUUUACGGGAAUAUUCAUCCGAAUCCCAUUGGUUUGAUUUGAAUGACUCCAAAGUCCAGCCAAUCAGAGAGCAAGAGAUUGAGAAACAGUUUCAGGGGAAUGAGAGUGCCUACAUGUUGUUCUAUCGACAAUCCCAAAUGACAAGACCAUCUGAAGGUACAAAACGUAUAGUGUGUGGUUUGUGUCUUCAUAUUGCUUUUGGUUAUUUCCUCUUUAUUAAACAGUCAUGAAGUACCAGUUUGUACAAGGCUUAAAAAGACAAAAUUUUAGAGACAAAUGUUGAAAUAACAGAUCAGAAUGUUCCACUGGCUUCAGUAGCAAAACUUGUUAUUAAGUGUUGUGAGGAUUGUAUUCUUACCGAAACAGUUGUUGUGUUCUGAGCAGUUAGCUUUAGGGAUUUCCAUGAUCCUUCAGCAUCUUUUUUGAGGAAUGGAAGUUUUUGAGUGACUUUCUCUUAGUUUGUAGUUUAAUAAACUGUAAGCCAGAGGAAGAGUACCCUAGUGAUGUAAAAAGGAUAUGCAUGAAAAUCUGAAUUUCAGCACUUCCUAGCCCUUUUAAUAUGUGUUUUCAGUUAUUCAAUUAAUCAGUUUAUUUUGACACAGCUCGAGGAAAUCCAAGAUACCGGGUCCCCAUCCACCUCUUGAAUGAAAUGGAUGCCGCUAAUAUCAAACUGCAGAAGAAGAGGUAAGUCAGCUCUGAUGACAAACGUGUGGUGUGUAGUUCAUGCAGGGCUUCUGAUCAGGAUUGCAAAGAUCAUACAAUCAUCUUGCAGUCUUGGAAGCUUUUUGUUUCGGUGCAGGCUUCUAUGAACAGAACGGGAAGGGAAGGGAAGGGAGGUGAUAGUUGCAAAAACAAGCCACCCACAGCUUUCUUCUGCAAGCCCCCCACAUCCUUUGCCACUUUCCAUGUUGUUCCAGAAUCUCCCCCAAUGUUCUUGAGCAAUUGGAUACCUGUGCAGGGGUGCAGAAGGAAUGGGGAAUCAACCAAAUUACCUUUCUCCAUUGUAAUCACAGAAGUCUUCACUGGAUCAGAGAGCCUUCUCUGAUCAGAGAAUCAAUUACACUUUUUGAAAAUAUUAAAUUCCUUAUAAAAUUCCAGCACAGUGCAACAUGCAUAAUUAGUAAAAAAUAAAUAAGACUUUUAGAAUGACAUUUUAUGAAGUAAGAUACAAAUUAAAGAACUUGUCUUUACUGUGGGAAGUUUCUGAAGGUAUGAUUUGUAAGAAAAUUAAGUUUUUUGUUCAAUUGUGCUCAGAUUUUUCACUGAACAUACUCUUCUGUUAAUACUUCUUAAAGGGCAGAAUAUGACUUGGCAAACAACAAUAUUGAUUUACAGCUCCAUAUAUUUUCUCACUAUAAAUUUUACAAUGGAGCUCUGCACCCAGCAGUUUCUCAGAAGGAAAGUGUUCUAGAUCUUACGAUUGAUAAGAGAAAAACACUGGGAGAACUUCAGCAAUUGGUAUUUCAGGUAUUUGCUGUUAUUCUAUUUCCCCAAACUUUCACCGAGUUUAAGUUUCUUUAGUAAUAAUAGGCUUGUAGAACAAGCAAGAUUGUUUGCCUACAUACUUUGAUAUGUACUUUAGUAACUUGUAGAGUGGAUUACUAUAAGAUGACCCUUAUGUAUUAUAAAUUAUUUAGUACUAUGGCAUCCUUCAGGAGAGCCACAGCUACUUGUGUGAAUUGUUUAUAAACAACAUGAUUUACAUAGCCAUAUCUGCAUUUCUGAAAUAUAUUCACUUUUUGUGAAUAGUUGUUGGAAUUUUGGGAAGGAAACCUUGUUCUCAGCCUUGCAAAGCCUCUUCCAGCUGGACUGCAUAUAUACCAAACACUUGAAGGUAAGAUAUCUUUAAAAUUACAUACAUGUAAUUGUAAAAACAAUCCCCCACUCCAAAUACUUUUAAGGAGAUUAUACGUAUUUAUUGGAUUAUGCUGGAGUGACCAGUUAAUCCUUUCUUCAAAGAUACGUAUGCAUCUAAAAGCAUCUUGAUUGCUAUGGUAGACAUCUUCACUAAUAUCAGUUACCAUAGAAUUAAAAUUUUAUGUAUGCCACAUUUCUAAUAUGCACGAUUACCUUCCUCUUUUAAACAUGUCAUUGACACAGCAUUGAGUCAAUGAGGCAUAGCAAUAGUGGGGAACCUUUUUCAGCCCAGGUGGCAGUAGUGGGUAUUUGUGCAAGAAGCCAAAAGUGGGUGGUGCAAUGGACACGACUUGCCUUUGAUAUAGUAGAUUACAUCCAAAAGUCAGAAGGUUUCUACACACACAUAAUCUCUUUUCCCCAUCUGCAGAACAAGGAUGCAUUCCAGCUACGGAAAAACAGCUUGAGGAAUGCAUGGAGCAGCAGGGCUGAUGAGUGGUUUGGCCUGCCCUGGGGAGAGAGGGGGUGACCCAAGGGCUGGAAAGAAAACUGAAGGGCAAUAGCAACUGGUCCAUCAGGGCAAAUGGGGCACUACCCAACCAAACUCACCCUGCCCUUAGUCAGCCCCCUCUUGCCUUCCUCCCAUAGCUGUCAAUGUUUCCCUUUUUAAAAGGGAAAUUCCCUUAUUCUGAAUAGAAGAAGAAGAAGAGGAGUUUGGAUUUGAUAUCCCGCCUUUCACUCCCUUUAAGGAGUCUCAAAGCGGCUAACAUUCUCCUUUCCCUUCCUCCCUCACAGCAAACACUCUGUGAGGUGAGUGGGGCUGAGAGACUUCAGAGAAGUGUGACUAGCCCAAGGGCACCCAGCAGCUGCAUGUGGAGGAGCGGAGACGCGAACCCGGUUCCCAAGAUUACGAGACUACCGCUCUUAACCACUACACCACACUGGCUCAAUAGGCUCGCAAGAAAAGGGAAAAGUUGACAGCUAUGCUUCCUCCUUACUUAGAACCAGCCCAAAGGAUGGCACUGGCUCCUCCUUAGUCUCAGUGCUGCCUUCAUAGAAUUCAGCAGGGUAUAAGAGGGGAAUAACGCCAGAAGUGGUUGGCUCUGGCUUAGCCUACUGCCUCCUUGCCUUCCACCCUACCCUGUUGCACCAUGCUCCACAAAAGGCUGCAUCUGGCCCCUGGGCUUGAGGCAUAGGCAUGUUGCCUUGUUUACAUAAAUAGCUGUUCCUGACCACAUGGUUGGAUGUUUUUCUUUAAAAUUCUUUGGUGUUCCAAACGUCGUAUAAUAAUGGGAGGGAGGGUGAGCUAAACUUACUCUCUCUAACUAUUUUUCUAUGUGCAAUUAUUGAUCUGGAGGAGCAUUCAGUCAUGCAAUUCCCUCACUUGGCAGUCUAAAAUUUGCUUAGAAUGGGGUUGGGAGAACUGAGUGACAGAAAAAGAGCCCCCAAAGGGAGACGCACUCAUUUCAUUGCAUGGAGCCACGUGAUCUGCAUAAGGCUAAAUUCAACCUGCUGCAUCUAGUAAUCGAGUUUGUGCAAAGAUACAAUGUGAGGAUACCCUUGUGAUGCAGCUUUGCACCUAUAUGGUACAAGUAGAUAAAUGCUCACAAAUUUGUUUCUUCAAACUUCUUAUGCCUGGCAGAUUGGGGCUCCUAUCUGCAGUGAUUUCUGUGGGCAUCCAGACUUAAAGAAUAUGCACAUGAAGUAGAAGUCUCUGGAGAGGGGAAAUUAGCUGAUGAGCAAAGAUCUGUUAGUAAUAAUAAUAAUAAUAAUAGUUUUUAUUUAUACCCCGCCCUCCCCAGCCAAGGCCGGGCUCAGAGCGGCUUACAAGCAAUAAUAAGAACAAGAUGAAUGAUUACAACUUAAAAACAAAAAUAAAAUACAACAUUAAAAUAAUGGAACAUUAAAAUAUUAAAAUGUAGCCUCAUCGCAGGAGGAGAAGGAAAAGAAAGAGGGGGAGGGAAUCAAAUUGGCUCCAAGCCAAAGGCCAGGCGGAACAACUCUGUCUUACAGGCCCUGCGGAAAGAAAUCAGAUCCUGCAGGGCCCUGGUCUCAUGAGGCAGAGCGUUCCACCAGGCCGGAGCCAGAGUUGAAAAGGCCCUGGCUCUGGCUGAAGCCAAUCUAACUUCCUUAGGGCCCGGGACCACUAGGGUGUUGCUAUUUAUGGACCUUAAGGUCCUCCGUAGGGCAUACCGGGAGAGGCGGUCCCGUAGGUACGAGGGACCUAGGCCGUGAAGGGCUUUAAAGGGCUUUUUUAAUAGUAGAGAGGUGGUAGCUUUUAUUAGUUUGUUGGGCCAUGGGAGAAAGGUGGCAUUCCUACUAUUCAGACUUGUAAAAUAAUAAAUUUUAACACAGACAUUUCAGAAGCAAAUUUAAAUAAUUUUUAUAUCACUGUACAUCACAUUGGCAAAGACUUCUGGGCAUAAUGUUUCCUGGGCAGGUUAAGUGGUUACACAUGUGUUGCCACAAAGCUCUCUUACCCCAUUGCUGCAUCUGUUGGGCUGGACGAGGAUCAGCUACAUAGUUGCAGCUGGAAAGGCAUGCAAGUAGUAGGUUUUUUUAUAUAUGUGAUCCUGUUGCAACCUUCCAACAGUUUGACUUCAUCCCCAAAGGCGCAGUUCUCCAUACUGUCUCCUGAGACAGACGUAUGUCAACAACAACAUAAACAUACAUGAAACACAUCAAGGAAAUACAUUUUCAAAGAUUCUUGUGUGGUGCUGAUGAAAAAUACCGUAGAUUUGUCCUUUGUCUUGUUUACUAGUAAAUUUUGGAUGGUCCUACUAUUUCUUUCCUAUGUGGCAGAAGUAUUAGACUGGCAAAAAGAUACAAAUUCUUUCACAAUAAAUAACUUAGAACAAGCCUAACUAAAGAAUACAGAUUAAUUAACUUAAUGCUGUAAAUUGGCUUUUGGGCUGCAUAGUUUGGGGGUUUCCUCCGUUUCAGAAGGAGAAAGCGUUUAGCUAAUAAAGUUACACUUUACAGUGAAACGAAGUCAAAUGUUGUUGGAGAUUCUUUAGACAUAAUUGGCUUAUAUAAUUGUGAAGGGCCUUUUUACUUUUCAGUGUGUCUUUUUGGAGUUAAAAAACUAUUUUGUUUGUCAGGGGAUGAUUCUACGUUGAGUGGCAUUGGACUUUCUGAUGGAGCCAAUAUAUUCGUGUGGAAUGGAAAAGAGGUACAAAACUAUCUACCUUGUGAAUGGGACAAACACAUUUUGUUGUUUUUAAAGUUUAUUUUCACUUUAAAGCUCAUUAUUUGUUGAAUUGCAUGCCAUGUCUUAAUUAAUGGCUAGAGUCUGUUUAUGCCUAGAAGAAACAUUGGUUUCGUUUCCUUGUGGCAGGAUCUUGUUGUUCUGCUAUCAUUCUUGUGUCAUUUGCUUUUCUUGUUAGGAGUUUGCUUACCUGUGCCAGCUGUGUGCAUAUUAUUUCAAUUUUCACAAAGCUCAAAAAUUAAAUGAUAGCCACAAUAGUUUCCUACACAAGGGCGCAAGCACACACAACUGGAUAUCCCUAUCAACCCUGUUGCCCCCCCCCCCCCCCGGCAAUUUUACUGUUGUAUAACUAACACUUUUUCUCAUCUAGUGGCCAAAUGCAUUUUUUAUGAGCGUUCUGUGUUUUCAUAGAAUCAUAGAAUCAUAGAGUUGGAAGAGACCACAAGGGCCAUCGAGUCCAACCCCCUGCCAAGCAGGAAACACCAUCAGAGCACUCCUGACAUAUGGUCGUCAAGCCUCUGCUUAAAGACCUCCAAAGAAGGAGACUCCACCACACUCCUUGGCAGCAAAUUCCACUGUCGAACAACAACUAUUAUUAUUAUUAUUAUUUUUUUUUAUUUGUGGUUGAAAUGGACUUUGUUGUUGGGUGUUCAUGCUAUGCAUUUUAAACAUUUGUGGUGUGAUAAUGUAUUAUGUUUUUACCUGUAAGUUACCUAGAGGCAUUUCACCCCCUUCUGAAUAGUUGCAUAUGAAUGGAUACUAACAUCUAUUUGGAUGCUUUAGUUAAGAUUCCUGCUUUGCAGGGGGUUGGACUAAAUGACUCUUGGGGUCCUUUCCAACUCUACAAUUUUAUGAUUCUAAGAUCUGACUUGAAUGAUUUACUGCUUUGUAUGUUCUAUGAACAUUUAGUGAUUUAAUAAGAAUACAGUAAAAUUACCUGCCUUUGAAAUCAAUUAAAUAUUUCAACACAGAGGCUUGCCAACUCCCUGAUUAAAGCCUUCACAUUUUAUUACACCUUAACAAAUUUUUGAAUAUUAAUUCAGGAUAUUGCUCAUAGUAUACUGCUUGUGGCAUACAAGGAAGAUCAUGGUUUUACAGAAACCUGCACUUGAAGCAUUAACUAAAUGUUCUCUCAGCUCAUUAUCUGUGCUCAAAUAAUUCUGCUUUGUUUCUAUAGGUUGAUGGAGUGGAAGUUCUGACUGGCAUUGACCAUGAACCUGUUCUUAUAAACAUUCUGCGUUUAGCUGGACAUAACGAAGGACGAGUGGGACAGCAAUUUAUGGAAUCCCAGCAUGUAUUUCCAUGUAGUUCAAACCUGAGAGCUAUUUGUGAUGCUUUAAUGUCACCCGAAGGGAUUGUCUUAAAGAACCAUUCAGGGUCUGAGAAAGACUCUGAAAACUGGAAAGUCAUUCCUGAAGAAGAUAUGAAACAGACGCUCAGAAAUAUUGGACUCAAGAAUGGAAGCUCAAUCCUAGUUUUAGACAGCCAUGACCAAAGGUAAAUCUUGUGAAUUGAAUUGAGAUUAAGUAUUUAUUCUCCUUUGAUGUUUCAUUGUGUAAUUCAGUGGUGGAAAGCUAUAUGACAAGCCAGUUAUGUGUUUUGGUGAUUUUAAAAAAACCUCUAGGACCCAUGCAAUAUUGAGGGCAGUUUAUGUGGAAAGAAUGGGAAAUGGCCAUCUCAGUGCCCACUCACGCAGGUGUCUCUUGACUGUGAUCCAAGUGAGACUCAGCAGAGGUCCUAAUUUUCCCGUGAGGCAGUUUUCCCUAAGCCACACCCACCUGUUACAUAUUUACCUAAUAUGUAACAUUAAGUGUGGGACAGGUGUUGAUGUGACGGCAAAGAAACUUCCUAUAGUUUCUUGGCAAACUGGGUUUGUUAUUGGUGCGUUUUAAAUUUGGCACCAAAUGCAAGCCGUACUGGGACUGGUUCCAGUUGGGAGCUCCUGAUCAGAAUUCCCAAGUGCAGCCAAUCCCUGCCAGAAGGAAGGUUUGUAGGGAUUUGUUGGUGAUACCUGCAAUCCCCAUUUUGAUAGGGGAUUGCAGCCUGUCUGGAGUUUAAGCCAGACUGCAAAGGAAGAAAGGAAAAAAUUAGAGCGCACUUAAAAGUGCCGUCCCAAUACUUCCCUUUGAAGAUUGGCCACCUGAAGCCAUGGUGGCACCAGGUGAUUGACAGGUAGGCACCCCACCCACCUGUCAAAGUGGCCCACAAGGGAUGAAGGAGCCUUACUUAAUCCCGUUUAACCCUAAAGAGGCUAUUAGGGUUGGGGGCUGUGCCUUGCACUGUACCCUGCAUUGCACAAGGAGGCUUCAGCAGUGGGAGAGGACACUUUUUUCCUUUCUUGUACUCUAGAAAUGUCUUGCGCCAUCCUGCUAAGGCUUUCAGGUUCAAGCUGACAGUGACAGGUUGUCUCAGAAGAGUGAGAAAUGAAAUAUUUCAACCCUUUCUCCUCCCGCUCCCAGUUUUUUCUCCCUUCCCCCUCCCCCGUGUGCCCUGAACAGUGCUGCAAGGCACCUAUUCCAGGUUACCUGGGACCAUGAACAGGAAUUCUCCUACUAGUGGCUGUGACAGUAAUGCUUUUUUUUUUUUUUUGCACACGCCACCACUUUAUAAACAUCUUUGAUAUAAUUCAAGUGGGAUUCUGUUGUCCUUCUUCUGCCACCACCUCUUUUCACUAUCUCAAGGACUCACAGCUGGUAACAAUGUUUUUGCAACCAAAAGCAUAAAUAUAAUGAGCAAGGUCCAUCAGUCUGUAGCUGCAGCCUGGUGUAAAGCUCAGUGGAGCCCCUUUUCUUUCCCUCCUCUCUUACACGAUUUAGGGCAAAGAACAUGUAGGCAAGAGAUUUGUUCUCUGUUUAAGGGUAUUUGCUAAAAGUCAUGCCAGCUGAGAAGUUUUAUAUGAAAAUGAUUUAUCACGGUAAAUAAUUCUGAAUGUGACUGGGAUGUGUAUUUCAGAAUCUGCUUUCCUUUUCAACAUUUCCUUCUAAUCCUUUUGUGCUGGAGCUCUUUUUCAAGAUGCCUAAAUUACACCGCCACCUUCUUUUCUGUCUCUUUCCAUAGCUCCACUUCUGUGAGAGAACCUAAAUUUAAUUAGUUUCAUUCCCACAUUUAUUACCUAAACCCACCAAUGCAGAGAGUUCUUGUGUCAUUUUGUAUAGUUUCAUUUCUGUUGUUGUGGGAAUGCAUAUUUCCAGUGUACUUUGUUAGAGAUUCUGUGUUGGCCCCAGCACAUUAGUACCCAUAUACAUGAUGUCAGCAGGCUUUGACUGGAUCUAGGUCCUGGAUUAUGUGCAGUCAGACUGGAAUUUUAAGGCAUCUGAAGGGUUUCUGUGGGAAUAGGAUUCAUAGGGCAUACUUUAAGAAAUAUAUGGGUGGAUGUUCCAGUAUAGGAAAUUAACAUAUAGACAACGUUGAAGUGUUUUAUCAGCUGUGGUCUGAGCUGGCCAUAAAAAUGCCAGCAUUGCAUCCUGAGGUAUAGCAGUCCAUCAGAUUAUCCGAAACUAGUGUUGUUGUUAAUUAUGCAGUUGGCUCAAUCAGCAGCAAUGUGGCUAAAAAUCGCCACCAGCAGAUUUAAACCACAGCUAUCAUGGAUGGGUUCCAAAGCUUCUGCAGGUUCACUCAAGGACACUAUGCCAUAUAAAAAACUGCUUUUGAAAGUCUCACUGAUUUCAAAAUAUGAUUGCUCUGCACCACCCUUUUCAAGCAGUCAGAAGCCCCCAAACCCUUUGGACCCAGAAUUCUAAGGGAUCUGUAGCCCAUGGGUUGAAAGGUUUGAACGGAUUUGCACUAAGUAUAUGUAUGUGCAACUGCAUUCAUCUUGAAAUGCAGCUGGUUAUCUUUUUUCUUUGGGCUAAACUCUAGGUUGAAAUCUGCUUGGAGCAGACAUUAAGGCACUAAGAUUACUUAACUUAGAAGUGUGCCAUACAUAUUCAUUGCAGUGUUUGAGUAAUUAAUAAAUAACCAAAAGAGGAGAAGGAUAAAGAGCAAGAAAUGUAGUAGGCACAUGAUACUGACUAAAAUCAGAUUUACCACCUGGUGUUGUGACUUCUGACACUUGCAUGUAUAGUACUGCCCACCACAGUGUCUCCUUGAUGACAAUGGGGGAUUGGGGUUGUGCUGUGACUGAUAUUUGCAAUAUUAGUUUAUUACAUAAGAACGAGACCCUACCUCGCUGGGUCAUUUAGUUGCUUAGAUUAGUACCAUUGUUUAGAAUUCAUUUCCCUGCAUUUUGUCUUACAUGUGGUGCACAAUUAUGCAUUCUAAGCAUGUGUUGUUUGCAGCAUGGUGAAUGUGGCAGGCGGCAAUUUGACUGCUUUUACGCAUGAUAUCAGCUGGUUACAAGUAAAAAAUUUCUGUAGAUUGGAGGCUGAAGAGAUACAAGUUAAAAUUACUGCAACUAUUGAAACAGUAAGUAAAGCAACUGUGAUUGCACGGCUCUGAGAGAUUUCAUCUCCACUGAUUCAUUUCCUUCCAUUCAAUUCAGCUCAUCUACUUUGUUUUGCUUUCUAAAUUGUCCAAGUCCAGAAAGUUGUUUACCUUGUUACUUUUGCCUGCUUGUGUUUUAGAUGCUUAUAGGAAAGUAGGAAGAUGUGCAUAUAUUUGUAACACCCCUAGUGUCAGCUGUGAAUGUGAGGACUGAUUCACACAUUGCUUUUUAAACUAGGGCACAAAAACACACGUUUAAAGUGCUAAACACAUAUGGCAGACAUACAUUUAAAUAGCUUUGCUUGUCUUCAAUAAAUGGGUUGUACUCAGUACAGCGUUAAACAGAUAGUACAUCAGCACAAGAAUUUCUCCUUGCACGGCGGAGCAGUCACCCCCUCUCCUCCCUGUGCACCCCCUAAAUUUGCUGUGGGGUUUCCGCCACCCUCUGGAGCAGUUCAGGGGAUGAUGCAAGGGCACACACAAGGGAAGGAGGGGAAAACCACAUUGCGCUAGCACUUUGUGCUGUUUAGUUUCAUACAACCUGAAGUAUUUAUGUAUUUACUGUUUGUACUUGGGCACAUAUGUUUGGUAUUUGCAGCUGACUCCUUGCAUAAUUCCAAUACAUGUGUUACUGGACAUCUUGCCCUUUACCUGCAUGCAUCUUAAGAACACAAGUUGGGAAAUGUGAUGUAGGAAGUAGUCUAUUACAAAAAAGGACUGAAAUACAAUUAAAAUAAACAAGUUCCAUAUUACACACUUUUUGUGUCAAGGAAGUUAAAAAUGUUUUAGUAAUAGCUCAUUAGGUUAUGGAGAAACAUAAUUGAUGCAAGUUGGGGAGAUUCUUUUAAAAUGCAAAUAGCUGCAUUUUAUGGCUCAAUAAUACAUUUAAGUCUAUAUUCAUAGUCAACAUACCUUAUUGACUUUUCUAUAUUUCCUGUUCAGCUUAUUCAUCUGAAAAUAUACAAGGUUUUAUAAGAGUAAAAGAAAUGCAGUAAAAUGAAAUUUUUGGCUGCUAAUAAAAAUGUUUCAGCCAUCAGCUGUUAAGGGGGUACUAAAACAUAAACAUUUAUGAAAUCUGCAUUCCUUUGCUGAAUCACAUUUGCAUUUAAUUAAUGGUUUUUAUUUUAGGUGAUGGCAGACAUCAGGAUUAAAGCAAUAGAAGAAAUGCAGUUGGACAAGGAGCUAGGUAAAAUAGUUCUACAAAAUUUAAUUUUGUGUAGUUGGUUAUUUCAGAGUUGGUGUUGAAGAUAUCAAGUGGUAUCAGAUCCAACAAAAGCUGCUACUAGAGGAAUUUUCCUUGAUUUCUUCCUUACCUCUGUGGCAGCUUUUAAGAGGAUAUAGGCGGCUGCAGGAGGAAGGAUGAGUAGGUGAAAACAGCCUCCAUUCACCCUGAACUGCAUUUCCUCCAGCAGGUGCAACCUUGGGAGCAGAAUUAUAUGCAUGGGACAUGUUAAUCCAACCCAUUUAUUCUUUUGUUUAAAUCGUAGAUAAAACAAUAGGCAUGUGGGUUUCUAUCAGUUCUAACAGAAACUGCUAACAAAAUGUAUUUGUGUACAUACAAAAGCUAUCAAGGGAAGAUGUAUGGACAGAAGAAAUAGUAAUUGCAUAUUAUUAUACAGGCAUGAGAGCACCUGUGUGAUUAAGGCAGAGGGAUCAAGCACUUUCUACUACAGUAAGUCUACAACAUACACAGGGGUUACAUUCUGAAGAUCACACCUAAAGCCAAAAUCACAUAGAGACAAAACUCAUUAGAUUCAGUGGCAGGUGGGAUUGCCAAAGUCAUCUUUCCCAGAACCCUGCCCCCUUUCCAUUUAUAUUUUUGCCACAAACAUAAAGCUGAAUGCACACGAGUUAAAUGCACAUAAGUUGUGAGCUUACUGUGUUUCAAAGACUGAACAUUAUAAUUGUUCUAAAAAUAAGACAAUUUGCCCCAACCACACAGUUCAUUUUCUGGAAAUGUUUACACAUGCCCUUGAACAUCAAUGUAUCUAUUUUUGUAAAUGUUUCUAAUCUCAAAUUAAUUUAAUCUCAUUGUUUGAAAUUUGUUUUUCUAUUUUGAAACACAUAUACUCUGGCUUGGAAGGGAUAGCUCAGUCAGUAGAGCAUGAGAUUCUUAAUCUGUAGGUUGUGGGUUUGAGCCCCACACUGGGCAAAAAGAUUCCUACAUUGCAAGUGGUUGGACUAGAUAACCCUUGUGGUCCUUUCCAACUCUACAAUUCUGUGAAACUAAGACCCUGAUGUUGGGAAAGAUGAGGGCACAAGGAGAAGGGGACGACAGAGGACGAGAUGGUUGGACAGUGUUCUCAAAGCUACCAGCAUGAGUUUGACCAAACUGCGGGAGGCAGUGGAAGACAGGAGUGCCUGGCAUGCUCUGGUCCAUGGGGUCACGAAGAGUCGGCCACGACUAAACAACAACAACAACAACAACAUUUUGUUCUGCAUUCCAACCUGGAGGAGCAAUUGGCCAUUCAAUUAAAUUGUCUUUCUAUUAAUGAGGUGAAGAAAAAUUAAGGCAAAUGAAACUUCAUAGAUUUGUAUUGAUUCCAUCUUUAUUCUCUUUUUUCACGCUGCAGUUAACAAUAGCUGUCUCAGGCCCAUUAGCAAAAAUGGAAAACUUCUUUGUCCAGGUAAGCUCAUAUAUCAGUCCUCCAAAUACAGCUUAAUGCAGCUGUAUGUUUAUGGUUGUGCUAUCGUUUUUUUAAACAGAAGUAGGGUUUAUGAUCAGGCAACCAUUUGUUUUGUCUAUGUUAUUUGCAGCUUUUUUUAAUUAGACAUCAGAUUCAGCUAUACAGCAGCAGAUAAAAAGUUUAAAGCAGGGGCCAGCAAACUUUUUCAUCCGGGGGCCGGUCCACUGUCCUUCAGACCUAGGCGGGGGGCGGGAGACUAUAUUUUGAAAAAAAAAUAAUGAACGAAUUCCUAUGCCCCACAAAUAACCCAGAGAUGCAUUUUAAAUAAAAGGACACAUUCUACUCAUGUAAAAACACACUGAUUCCCAGACUGUCCGCGGGCCGGAUUUAGAAGGUGAUUGGGCCGGAUCCGGCCUCCAGGCCUUAGUUUGCCUACCCAUGGUUUAAAGUGUGUUUUGGGUGCAAUAUACAGUGUGACACUAGAUGAUGGUGGUGAGCCUUAUGGAAAAUUCAAUGUGUUUUAAAAAAUGCUGUAAAAAAAGCAUUUUCAGAACAGUUUAUAUGUGUGUAGAUUCCACCUUAUGGUUGCAUUGCAUAUUAUAUCAUAGAAUUGUAUAGUUGGAAGGGACCCCAGGGGCCCUCUAGGCCAACCCCUUGCACUUCCCUUCACUUUGCCAAGCUACAUAGACAUUAGUUUAUUCUUGUUGGUAAAUAGGGGAAAGGGUGUUUUGAUUUUUAAACUUUUAACAUUUGCAAGGGAAUAAAGACUACCCACCCCCACAUGGAACUGGGUAAGAAAGAGGGGAUUGGUGUUGUUUUUUACUGAAGCCAGGAGGCUAAGCAUGAGAACAGAAGCUGGGGGGGGGGGAGAAGCAAGAAUUGCAGAAUGUUUUAGCUGGAGAAUCAGCAUAAAAGGAAUCUUUGAACUGUUGUGAAUUGCUUUCACAGAAAGAGGAAAUGAAUUAAAUCUGGAGAAAAGGAUCAAAGGAUUUGCCAACAACAAUAAAACAAUUGGAACUUUGCAUUUGCAUGUUACCAGGGGAUUAAGUUCUUUGAAAGAAUAAUUAUUUUAAACUAACAUCUAUGUAGGUUGGCAAAGUGAAGAGUAAUUAUAUUGGAUUUAUCAAAAAUACCUUAUAGUUAAAUAAUAGUACAAGCACUAACUGAAAUAUGAACAGCCAAUCGAAAAGAAUAAAGGAAAAAAUAAGUAAUGAUAAAAUGUUAAACUAUUUCAAGUAAAGGACUGAGAAGCAGAGGCUCCUGGGUGUAUCAGUGCCAACUUCCAUGGUGUUAUUAGGUAUCAUCUAUAGCAGGCAUGUCCAACAGGUGGAUUGUGAUCUACUGGUAGAUCACUGGACGUCUGCGGUGUGUCACUGGUAGAUCAUUGGCUCCUCCAAAGAAGCUGAACAAUUGUGACUCCCCUAAAAACAGCUCAACAUUUUACCUCCUCCCUGAAAAAGCUCAACAACUUUGACUGCCAGUUUUUAACUCUGUGAGUAGAUCGCAGUCUCUUGUGAGUUGGCCCCCCCCCCCGAUCUAUAGAUAGGUUUCAAGGUGAGUUCCCUUCUUUUGGCUGAGAUGGAUUUAAAGGGAGGUUUAGACUACAGUUCGGUCCAUUGGGUAGGGUCGUGCUAAACUCAGUGCCCUGCACCCCUGCCUCCGGUGAAGUUUUCCACUUCCAUUGACGGCAGAAGCUGGCUGCAGACGGCAUCCACGGGCUCACAUCAUCCCUCCCCUCCAAAUUCCGGGGGGGACCGGGACCGGAUAAGCCUCCUCUGGCCCCCCUCCCUCCCUCAGGCUUUGGAAAGCCUCAGGGGAACUACUUCCACGUUUGUGGCCAGAAACAGAAGUCUAAACCCAGUCUUUCUAAUUUGUAUGAGGUGCGGUGCAUUUUGGAGUUUCCUGAUUAAUUUUUACAUUACUGCUUUAAGAAACAAAGCAUGAUUCUUUGUUCCUGUUUUGGACUACUUAAGUGCCUGAGGAUUAUACUGUUAAAGAAGCAGAGCUGAAAAUGGGAAGCCUUCUAGGACUGUGCUCUGGAAAAGCUCCAACAGCCACUGAGGUAAGACAAACUGUAUAAGAAGGUUUCACAAGGGCUUUUGGAAACAUUUGUCACUAUUUUUAUUCUUGUCAUUUUGUUGUUGGCACUGUUAGUGGCAGAAUGAGAUAAGUGUACCUUUGGGUGAAGCCCACGCCUUGCUGAAGUUUAAUCCAAUGGUUUGUUCCCAUGGAUUCCUCCACUAAAAUAAGCUGAGUGGAGGCAAUUUUCUUUCAUUUCCCCCUCCCAGAUUCAGUUUCUGCACCACCUUCCAUAUUGUAGAGGGUCUCCAGCUCUCUGGAGCAGUUUUGCAGAGGGCUGCAGUGGGUAGGGUGAAAAUCCCCUAGCUUCCUCUUACAUAAGCAGAAGCUUCUGUUGGAUGAAAAGCAGUCAUGCAAGCAGAAUGGUUGUGUUAGAUUCCACCCACAGUGUGUUUAAGGCAUGUCACUGCAUUGUUCACAGCUAGUGUACUGAAUAUUACUAGUUUCCUUUGAAAUUUCCUUAAAUCCCAGUGCUGGGUCAAUCUUUUAUUAGCAAUCAACAGAACCUUUGGUUUGUUUGGGUUCAGAAAACUGUGAUCUUAUAAGGGGUAACAGUAAUGUAUUGAACCAUUGCUCCCUAGUUAUUGAACAUAGAACUAAAUGAAACUUACACUGUCAGGGUUCAAAAUAGUAGCCUGAAUGACUAGCAUCAGUUCCCAAUAGUGUCUGGAGGGGGAAAGUAACUCUUAACCUUCUGCUUUAGAUCCUUUAACUGAAGAUACCAGAGAAUGAACCUUAAAUCUUUUGUAUAUGUGCUCUGCUAUUAACUUUUGCCCCUCCCAAACUAAAAAUACAGUUGAAAAAAGGAAUUUACAGAGCAAUCCUAUUGAGUUGGGGAGAGGGAGGAUCAAUGGUGGAUGAGCAGUCAUACACUAAGCUUUGGUGGGCUCAGGCUGACAGGGUGGAAGGUAAGGGGAAGGCAUAUUUUCUUUCUGGUCCAGUGGGAGUGAAAAUAAAUGUACUUUCUUCCAGCAGUGUGUUUGGCGUAUGUGAGAGCUUUGGAUCCAGUGGAUUUGAUCUAAGCCUUGGGAAUGCCUCCAUUGUGCCCUCUGUGCUAUUGGAGCAUUAAUGGCAGGGAAAUACAGAUGGUGGUUCCCCCCCUCUCCCAUACUGUCUGAGAAGAGGCUUACAAGGGCAGAUCAUCCAGUCUGCAAGUGGAUCUCCUCCUCCUCCACCUGUGGAGAGAGAGAUCCACUAAAUUCUGUAGCUCCUGGGACGCCAUCCCAAAGAACAUAGGAUUGUGCACUUACACUUGUUUUCAGCCACAUACUUUCAUUUUAAAUUCAAAACACAUUAUGGAUGCUUACAUUCAAAUAUUCAUAUUUCAGACAUAGAAAUAUUUCCCCUCCCCCCAAUCACCUGUGAUAAGCAACAUUCUUCCCCAGAGGAUUAAACAGGGGAGCUUUUGUUAAUUGAAAGACUGUUUUGUUACUGUUUUAGGUCAUUGAUAUGUCACUAAAUGCCAAACUUUACAAAAAUUACAAACUGAUUUGAUGACCUAUUUUCAUGGCUGCCAUAUUCCGUAUUGGAUUAUGUGUCCAUAAAAUGCUUUAAUCUUAAAAUGUGAAGUAUGCUGAGCUUAACUGUAUAUGGAGCAAGAAACCUGAUUAAUCAUCUUUCUUCUAGCUUUUUCUGUAUUAUAUUGUGGGCCAUGAGCUUCAGUCUAGUCCAGAGAUGGAGAUAGUGGUGGAGGAAACUACAACUGUAAGAGAGGUAAAUACAGGAGCUAUAAAUUCUGUGUAAACACAUUGCUGUAGAGAUAUUUCAAAAUUCUGGUAUGGCCACUUUGUACUCUAGUACUACCACUAUAGCACUGUAGUGCUGUUGUAGACAGUGGUUCAGAAUUGAAUGUUCCUCUGGAGAAACCAAUCUUAAAAUGCAAAAAUGAAUUGGCUUUUUAGGUUUACGUAAUUUGAUCAGUCUAAUCAAAGAUUAGCAAACAAUAAUAAUAAAUAAAUAAAUAAAAUGAGGCUAUGAGCAAAUGACAUAUCUAUUUUGUUCUGUGUGGUGUAAUAGGGAAUGAGAAACAAAGUCUUAAACAUGGCCUUUUUAAGGUUGAAGUGGUAGUUUUUAAUUUAAAUUGUAUGUUUGCUGUUAGACUUAUGCAGACAGUUAAGAGUACAUCUUCCCACAAUACUGACCUAAUUCCUGGUUUUAACAUUUUAUGUGUGUGUGUUUUUGUAUGGUUCUAUGUUCUGUUUCCUAGUUCUUCUGGAUCUCUCAGUGGCGUUUGAUACCAUCGACCCUGACAUCCUUCUGGACUGUCUAAAGGGGCUGGGAGCUGGGGGCACUGUUAUACAAUGGUUCCGCUUCUUCCUCCUGGGCCUUGUCCAGAAAGUGGUGUUGGGGGAUGAGUGUUCGGACCCCUGGGCUCUCACUUGUGGGGUGCCUCAGGGUUCCGUCCUCUCCCCCAUGCUUUUUAAUAUCUAUAUGAAGCCGCUGGGAGAGAUCAUCAGGGGGUUUGGGCUGGAUGUUCAUCAGUAUGCAGAUGACACCCAGCUCUACCUCUCUUUUAAAUCAGAACCAGUGAAGGCGGUGAAUGUCCUGUGUGAGUGUCUGGAGGCAGUUGGAGGAUGGAAGGCGGCUAACAAAUUGAGGUUGAAUCCUGACAAGACAAGUACUGUUUUGGGGGGAUGGGGCGGGCAGGUGUGGAGGACUCGCUGGUCCUAAAUGGGGUAACUGUGCCCCUGAUGGGCCAGGUAUGCAGCCUGAGAGUCAUUUUGGACUCACAGCUGUCCAUAGUGGCACAGGUCAGUUCUUUGUCCAGGGCAGCUGUCUACCCUCUCCAUCUAGUACACAGGCUGAGACCCUACCGGCCCACGGACUGUCUUGCUUGGACUACUGCGAUGCGCUGUAGUGACCCAGAAACUACAAUUAAUGCAGAAUGCGGCAGCUAGACUGGUGACUGGGAGUGGCCGCUGAGACCAUUUAACACUGGUCCUGAAAGACCUACAUUGGCUCCCAGUACAUUUCUGAGCACAAUUCAAAGUGUUGGUGCUGGCCUUUAAACACCCUAAACGGCCUCAGCCCAGUAUACCUGAAGCAGCGCCUCCACCCCCCAUCGUUCCGCCCAGACACUGAGGUCCAGCUCUGAGGGCCUUCUGGCAGUUCCCUCACUGUGAGAAGGGAGGUUACAGGGAACCAGGCAGAGGGCCUUCUUGGUAGUGGCACCCGCCCUGUGGAACACCCUCCCAUCAGAUGUCAAGGAAAUAGACAACUCUCUUGACUUUUAGAAGACAUCUGAAGGCAGACGUUUGACGUUUUAUCAGGGGGUUUUAAUAGUUGGGAGCUGCCCAGAGUGGCUGGGAAAAUACUUAGUUUAGAAAUAUUUUUAUAAAUAAAAUAAAUUGUCAUGAUGUACCACAGUGAGUGCUGUUCAUCAGUAUUUAAAUUUUACUAACUUUGUUUAUGGUGUAUUUUUCUUUCAGUGUUUAAAUUUAAUGUUGAAGAAGUCUGGCUUAGCUGGUUAGUAUAAAUUUAUUAUAAAUGUUAUUAUCUUUAUUUUAGUUCUUUAUUGUUAUUAAAUAUUACUGAAAAUUUUGAAGCCAACAACAAGAAUUGUGCCAUAAAGCGGUCUUUACAGUGGCAAAAUAUUGUUCGUGAUUUUAGUGCGCUUUGGCAGGAAUCUAAAAGUCACCUAGUCUAAGGAAAAAUCCCCCACAUCUAAUUAUUUGCUAAGUUGGUAUAAUUGAAAUACAAUAUUCUCAAAAUGGCAUCUCUCUUGCUACACCACCUCAGACCUCUAUAUUGAGUGAUGACCCCACGUUAGUCAUACUCUGAGUAGAUCAAUUACAUUUAAUAGACUUAAGUAACUUAAGUGUUGAUUAUCAACAGAUGCUCUGUGAGUGUGGCUUAUGAGGCAAUGCAAGCCCCAACUGGUGGGGUUUCACAUAGCAGGAGGGCCACCCCUACACCUGCAGCCCUGCUCUGUACAGCAACCAGGGAUGAGAGAGGGGGGGCAGGAUUAUCCAAGCUGGAAUAGUGAUGAGGUCUGCAGAUGCCAGCUCAGACCUUCCCUGCCUCUGGAACACUGUUUUUAUUCAGUGGGCAGAAGGGGAAGCUCUGCACAUGACUCUGGAGCCACUCUGGUGGUGGCAGCCUGCAAGAUGCCAGCCGAAGAGAGUGAAAGGACAUCUGCUCAAUCUCCGUGUCCCUAGCCCAGCACAAGGAGGAUUUCGAUUGCUCUGCCCGCUGUAUUUAAUAAAAUGAUAAAUAUGCAGGAACAAUAUUCAUGAUGUGACUCUUGUUAUUUUUUAUGUUUCACUUUGAUGAUUUCCUGGUUUCUUUUGCAGGGGACAACUGGCACUUGAGAAAGAUUGACUGGUGCUAUGAAGCUGGGGAUGCGUUAAGUGAGGAAGUAAAAAAGCUAAUUUUUUACAUUGAUUUUUUACAUUCAUUUACAUAAGUAUUCCUUUUGAUAUUACUUCUAUAGGACUUUGUAAAUACUGUAUAAAGGUUAUAGCUCCUGUGAACAUACUUGUUAGUCCAAAAUACAUGUGCAACUGUAGCCCCAUUAUUUAACCCAUUACUACUUCAAUACUUUUAGUGCCCUUUACAAAUUGGAAAUCAGUUAUUUAAAAAUGGCAUUGAGAUUCUGCUAUAGGCAGAUAGGGUAUACUGCUUACAUUCCCCUCCCUUUUUAUUUAUUUAUUUUUUCUUGUGUGAGCUUUGGUUAGGUGCACUCCUUUCUUUUGUACACAGGUGGGUAAUACCGUUACUAGGACAACCAAAAGGUCACCAAAAAUGUGGCAAACUUUCAGGCUUUCUAGAGCUCUUUGUCAGGUAGAGCAGGAUGUAGUGCAAGAAGGAAAACUGAAAUGAAAAGAAAAGUAGGAAAUGUAAGUUACCGUGUAUCUUGUAACCAUGAAAUCAGCAUGUAGAGUUGAUUUCCAAGAUGGAAAUUGCAGAUUAAGUUAGCCCCUCCCAAAAGUAAUGAGUAGUAUUAACCAUUAAGUAAUACUACCAUAUAUGACUUCAAUUGACUAUUUUACCUAAUACAGCAGGCUUCCUCAACCUCAGCCCUCCAGAUGUUUUUGGCCUACAACUCCCAUGAUCCCUAGCUAGCAGGACCAGUGGUCAGGGAUGAUGGGAAUUGCAGUCUCACAACACCUGGAGGGCCAAGGUUGAGGAAGCCUGUAAUACAGCAUCCAAAAUCAAUCUCUGGCUUUGCCAAGGCUACAAUGUUUCUCAUUACUUCUGCAAUCUUCUUACCCAGGAAUCUGUGUAUUUUCUUUAAGAUGUGGGUCAGAUCUGGAAUACAAGUCAGGCUGUGUUUUCUCAGACCAUGGGAAAGGGUUUAUUCCAGAACCCUAGGACGGCUGUGUGGGACCUAGCCUGCAAUUUCCAUCAUGGAACUGAGUACAUGUUAACCUCACAGCAACAGCAUCUAGUCAGUGGGUGGGGAACAGAACCUGGCAGUGACCUGGAUGCUCCGCUUUCUCACCUCCAGCAGGCCCACCUGUUAAUCACCUAACACCACCCUGAGUCAGGUGGCCCAGUCUACCUUUGCAAUGCAGCUUGAGUUGAAGCCACUCUGUAAAGAGAAAUCCUAGCCAAUCCAAGCAGGACUUGAAGUCCCUGAUAAUCAGCUGAUUGGCACUGACUUUGAAACCUCACUUUUGACAAGAAUCAGCUCCACUCGGGAUCUCGGAUUGGAAUUUCCUGAGUGGAACUAAUCCCAGAGGAGUUUGCAUUUGGUGCCCUUUUUUCUCUUAGGUGUAUUGUUCUAACCAAAGACUUGUAGCAAUAGUAUUAAUAAAAUAAUACAGAACUUACACCUGUAAUGUAAGCCAACAUCUAUUUUGGAAGAGAGAGAAGAUACCAGACACCCCAACAAGCACUAUACUUGCCAAGGAACAAUCAGGAACACAUUUUAGGGUUCCCAGUUGUUCCUUUGCAGCCAUGUUGGUACCCACUCCACACCUGAGUUGUUGGGGGGUGGGGGGCAGGCUUGGGGCAGAGGAUUUCCCAUUGCUGAAACAAACUUUGGAGGGUUUUCCCCCUUAUGGAUAAAACAUUGCUAUCUUUUGCGUUUUCUGUAUUCUCUUACGUGUUUACUUUUGUUUCCUCAGGCUGCCACACUAAAAGAACUAAAUAUCUGCAGUGGGGAUAUACUGAAUGUUGCUGAGGGGAAGCUUCCGCCAAAGGUGAAAUAACAUUUUUUGUAUUAAAGUGUAGUAUUUAGGAAGCUGGCCUUUCAGUUUCAGCAUAGCAGUGACAACAGCAUGCUGAAGUAAUGUAAUCAGUUUUCCCAGAGAAAACCUGGUAGUUAAAUCUGAAAAAAAUAUGUUUAUUUUCAGUAAAGGCUGGGGGGGGGGGGGGGAGACGACUGUGUGCCAUCCUAACACUCCAUCCAUCAACCUGGGCAGGGCAUUGGGAUUUAUCUGCAAAUCAUAGACUACUGAGCACUCUGCAUUGUUUUUGUUUAAUCCUUUAUUCAGAAGUAUUACAAUUAGUAUCUGUUCUAAAGCCAAGACUAUUUGUUUCUUUGUAGCAGGAAAUUAUAGAAUGUCUUUCAUUAAUUCCCAAAGGGGUUCCUGAAAGUGUCUGUCUGGUGGUACAAAGCCUUCUCUCAGUCAAGGCACAAAAGGAACAGGCAAGACCAAGGAAACUCUGUCUGCAAAAAAAUGGAAGCUCUGGAACUGUCCACAUCUGGAGGUAAGUUAUAGGUCUCCAAGCAAUACAAACAAAAACAAAAUAUAUUUUCAGCCCUGGAAGUAACUAUUUAGCCAUCCCCAUAUCACCAUGUCAGCAAGAGUUUGUAUUUGAAUUAUUAUUAUUAAUUAUUUUUUGAAGUUCAAUGUAAAUAAUCAUUUCUUGGACCAGACACUUGCUUAAAAAGAAGCCGCUGAAGCCCUUGUAAGGCAAUGAGAGAGGGCUUUUUAUUUCUCUUUUAAGUAGGUGAGGGAGAGCACAGAGCUUGGAGCUCCAUUUUAGUUUAGUUAUUGAUAACACAAUUCAUGUUUUACUAAUUGUGUAACUGAAGAACUCUAAAUUUCAUUAAACUCUGACUCUUGAUGUUCUUUAAAGAUACACCAACAUUUCUACAAAGUGAAGUUGACCUAUGUUAUGUGGGUGAUAUAGAAAUCUCAGGAGACGCUUUCCUGGAAGACCUAAAGAUGCAGGUUAGAUAUUACAUUUUGUUAAGCGAAGACAAAUCUACUCAUUAAGUAAGAUCUAUUAAUAUAUAUUUUUUAUUUCCUUUCCUCUGUCUCCAGUAUGUUCUGAUAUGGCAUUUGCUUAGAUGCCAUUUUCAGUGGUAAGUACAACCAGGGACUUUUGAGACACUUCCUAAUAUCCACUUCUAGCAGUUUGUCAUCUGUUUCAUGUGUCCUUAGCUGCAAGACUCAUGUUACACUUUCAUCAGAAUUACAAUUUCUGUAUGUGAAUGCAGAAUAUGCAGUCUCAUAAGAACCACUCUGCAUUUUGACACGAGUUCCUUUAUUUUUGUGUAUGUGUCCUUCGUGUGUGGGGUGUAAUAGGUUGGUGGUAAUAUUUGUGAAAUUAACUAACGGGAAACUUUUAGGUGAGGUGAAACAUGAGCAUAAACAGUUGCUUCAUAAUGAAUCAGGCCAUUGCUCCAUCUAGUCCAGAACUGCCUUCUUCAACUGACAGCAGCUUUCUAAGAUCUCAGACAGUGCUUUUUCUCAAUUUUGCUAUUUGAAACCCUUUUUAAUAGGUUUAAUCCUGGGCACCUUCCCAAGGUCUUUUGCGUGCUCUACCACUAAGUUCCUGAACAGUAAUUGAAUUCUUAAAGGGGAAAAAACAAGACAUACAACUUUCAUUGAGAUUUCACUGCAUUGACAAGGAAAAUUGGCUGUAGCCCAGUUAAGACAUAGUUUAAUACAAACUAUGUUUUAAUAUGAGUUUUUCUCCAAUCGAAUCAUAAAUGUUAAAAAGUUCUGAUCUUGGCUUAUCACUAUAAAUUGUUUGGAGAACAGAAACCAUAAGCCCCGUUUGGACAACAGAUUCUGGCCUGUGGCAUGGCAGGAAGGGCGUUGCCCAAACCCCUGUUUGUGAUUAGUUUCGUCCAAACAAACAAAGCCAUGUUCGGAUGAAACAAGCCAUGAGCCAGUUUUAGGCAACACAACAAGUCAAGACUCCGGUUUCUUUUUCUGCAGUGUAGCAGGCGCAGGGGAGAAAUGCUGUAGAAACUUUUGAGCAGCCUGCAAUGGCCUGCUACUCAUUUACAUUACGGGUGAACCAGGCCUGUGUUACAUCCCAGAGACAACAGUUGUUUGGUGACACUAGUGUGGAUUAGUAAAGGAGCCUCUAUGAGCCGCUACACACUGAGAUGACUGGGGGAGGGUUUUGGACUAGUACACCUUCCUCUGCCUUUCCUUGUAUCUAGAAUGUAACGUGAAAGCCAGUUGUGUACUGACGUUUCCAUGCUCAAAUAAGCACUGUUCCACCUGAUUCUGGUGUUAAGCUUUAGGCAUAAAAAUAGAGUGGGUAUAAGUCUGAGAUCCGCUCCCAGUAGCACUGCAUAUAGAGGUUGCAGUGUGGGGAAUUAUCUUUUGAAGAUUUUAUGUGAUGUAGAUUUUGACAGAAAAUAAAAAAUUCCCUAGGACCCUCUACAACAUUGCAUUUCAAUAAUAUUGGGGGAAAUAGUAAAGUUACUAAAAGAAAUGUGAUGUGGUGGUUAAAAUUUAUGCUUACAUUUGUAGUCCUGCAAGUUAGAAAAUUAUUAGUUUUCUGAGCUUAAACUAACAUUUAUUCUAAAAUUGCUAGCAAAGUGCUUUUCUUUUCAGGUGAUGACUUUGCCAUUCUCUGAAGAGUUUAGUAUUCCGCUACCUGAGUUUCUCAGAGUUUGGACCAUGGAAAAUAAGUGCCCUUGCAGGCUUUUACGAAACAAUAAGCAGCAACUCCAGUAGGUUUCUAUGUAUAGCAUUCAGUUAAAUAAAUGUUAAUGCAAUAUAUUUUUACCAUUAUUUUUAAUUAACACUGCAAUCCUACACACUUAACUAAGUAACUAAGAGUAAGUUGCUUUGAAUUUGGUGGGAUAUACUUUGAGACUGAAAUCCUGUAUCCAAUUUCCUAGAGGAAAGUUUUCAGUAGGUUUUACUUUUCGGUAGGCAUGUGUAUUGUUGUCCUGCAAGCAUUCAUUCAGUUGUUCUUUACUAUCGUAAGCAAUUAAAACAAACUAAGCAUCAUUGAUUGUGGCCUAGACCUCUUUUUGAUUAAUUCUUUUCAGGAAGGUAAUCUGUUCUGUCUGUAUAAAUUAGGCAGAGGAUUUCUAACUACCCUGUGUAUAAGUGUUCUGGCAACAGUUAAAUUGACAGUCUAUGAUAUUUCAAAAUCCAGCUUCUAAAUGUGGAACUUGUAUUUUUUAAAAAUUAUUUAUAUCCUGCCUUUCCUAUUCUGAAUUUAAAAUAUUUACUAUGUUUCUUUUUCAGUAAAUUCAAACUAGGAAACAGAGUGGAAAUUUGUAUAGAGCCUUUACACAAGGAAGAGAAUCUUGGGUAAGAUAUUCAGCCACAAUUCAUCAAAACAGGUUUUAGAAAACCUUGUAAAAUAUUUAUUUCAAAUCCCAAUUAUUCUGAAUUUUCCUUCUAUGGUACUUUUUUUUUAAAGAGUAGGGAAUCUAUGGAGUCUCCGUGACAUUAAUGUAGACAUAUGUUUUGAGAAUGUUAAUUGCAUUGUGUAUGUUUCUUAUUACAGACCAAAGGAUUUGCUUCUGCGAGUGCAGAUGGGCAUACCAAGGGAAAGAGAUUAUUACCACCCUGUGGAUUUGGUAUGGGAUAUCUCCAAAGAGUGUACAGCAUGUGCAUUGAGACAGAGAAUUGCUUCAUACUAUUCAUUACCAGCAGAGCAAAUUGAAAUUGCUAAAUAUUCUCCUGAGAAGUUUGAAUGGAUACCAAUAUGUAGUUGGGUAAGCUAAGAGAUGCCAGAGACAUGGAACAAUAUUGUCAACAAUUCUUUGAAUUGACAUUUCACAUUAUCUAAAUAAAAGAUGCCUGUGUAACAAUGACAUUUAACACAGGAAGGGUUGAAAGAGAGAGAAACGGGAUAAGUUCUUCUAAUAUUGUUCUUACCUGUUCUUUGUGCUGACUGACACUACUGUGCUUACUUAAAUGUAAUGCGCCAUCGAAUUUAAUGUGCACCCUAAAUUUCACAACGUAAUUUGUCAAAAACAGGUGCACAUUAUAUUCUUUCUUCCAUCUGAUCCCUCUUCCCUUCUCUCUGGUCGGGAAGGGAAAAGAAGGAAGGAAGGAAGGAAAGGAAGAAGGAGAGCAGCUGCGAUCUGGGCUGGAGAGGGAGAGAUGAAGGGGGAGAGAAGAAGGAAGAGAGCAGAGUAGUGCAGUGGGCAAGGACUGCCACUGGGGCAGGGAGCAGAGCACCAGGAAACAGGGCAAGCAAGGCACUUUAGGCACACACACACUGGCAGACGCAGCCAGCUCCUCUUUGAAUUGUUGUGUCAUCCUCAUCAUGGCAAUUAGUAGUAGUAUAGGGGUUGUUUUCUUCUUCUUUUCUUUUCUUUUUAAAGAAAGCAAUAAUGCACCAAAAAAGACAGAGAAAAGAUUCACAAUGUAGAGGUAAAAAGUUAAGAUUGGGUGAUGGGAACAGUCAAGGAAAAUUAACAUACUGUAUUUAUUCGAAUGUGCCAUUGAAUCUAAUGCGCACCCUAAUUUUCAUAACGUAAUUUGACAAAAAAAGGGCGCCUUACAUUCAAGUAAAUAUGGUAAUUCACUGCCUUUUCUCUCCCUGGUUUACAGCUUUGGCACCACUUCUUUUUUAAAAAACAACCAAAAAAACCCUGGCUUUCUUCGUGAGGUAGUCUCAUCCUGUCAGUGAUAAGUGGGUGGCGCUGUGGUCUAAACCACUCAGCCUCUUGGGCUUGCUGAUCGGAAGGUCAGCGGUUCGAAUCCCUGCGACGGAGUGAGCUGCCGUUGCUCGGUCCCAGCUCCUGCCAACCUAGCAGUUCAAAAGCACGUCAAAGUGCAAGUACAGUGGUACCUUGGGUUAAGAACUUAAUUCAUUCUGGAGGUCUGUUCUUAACCUGAAACUGUUCUUAACCUGAGGUACCACUUUAGCUAAUGGCGGCCACCACGCAAUUUCUUUCCUCAUCCUGAAGCAAAGUUCUUAACCCAAGGUACUAUUUCUGGGUUAGCAGAGUCUGUAACCUGAAGCGUAUGUAACCCGAGGUACCACUGUAGAUAAAUAGGUACCGCUGCGGUGGGAAGGUAACGGUGUUUUCAUGCGCUCUGGUUUCCGUCAAGGUGUUCUGUUGCGCCAGAAGUGGUUUAGUCAUGCUGGUCACAUGUCCCGGAAAGCUGUCUGUGGACAAAUGCCUGCUCCCUCGGCCUGAAAAGUGAGAUGAGCACCACACCCCAUAGUCCCCUUUGACUGGACUUAAUUGUCCAGGGGUUGUUUACCUUUUACCUUACAUUUUAUUACAUUUAUGUUCUGUCCCUUUUCCAAGGAGCUUGAGGCAGAGAACGUGUUUUCUUCUCAAAACAAAACUGUGCGGCAGGAUAAAGACAGUGACUAGCCCAAGGUCACCCAGUGAGCUUCAAGGCUAAAUGGUAUCUCCCUGAGUCUCAUCAGUCCUAGACUUAACAGUCUAACUGCUACACUACACUGGCUUUUAAUGUGAUGCUGUCAUCCUCAUCCUCAUCCUCAUGCAGCCAAUCAUAUUUGUGUAUGUGAUAAGAUUACAAGCCAAAUGGGCAAACCCUGAAACCCCCACUAAAAUGGGAAGUGGCACAUUUUACAGGGGGGCAAAAUGUAUCUCCCCUCCCCCAUUUGUAUGUGUUAAAAUUACCUCUCUCUCUCUCUCUCUCUCUCUCUCUCUCUCACACACACACACACACACACACACACACAAACAAGCGUGUGUGUGCUUAAUAUUUGUGACAUGGAAAAUGACAGUGGAUGAGAUCCAAUGUGGUGUGAGUGGUUUUCUGCUCAUGAAGUGAGACUUGAGCUUCAUCUCCUCUCCUCUGCUUCACCCCACAUCCCCGAACCUGUUCUGGAGGGUUGGGCACCCCUCUGAAGCAGAUUUUGGGGUGCCCAGUGGGCUGGAGGUGUGGAAUAGAGAAACAAAAUCCCAUUGCACAAGCAUUUUUGUUUUGCAAAAGCUCAAGAUGGAGAACGUAAUCUAUUUCUAGUGCUCCUAAGCAGGGAAGCAUUUACACUUAGCAAUAAAUAUGAAUAUUUAUCCUCAGAAGUUUAUUGAGGACUUUUUUUUUUUAGCAAAGCCAUAUAUCUUCACCUCUAAUCAGUUUUUGUUUUUAAAAUUUUAAAUUACCUUUCAGUUGUAAAAACAUGUUUUAUUUUUUACCUGGAAAUACAGGGAAUAUAAAAUAUUCUCACUCUCUGCACCAAAAUCACAAGUAACCUCUGUUAGUUUAUGAUGCUUUUUUCAUGUUAGUUCUCAUUUGCAUUCAGACACAGCAAGUUUCAAAGCGAAAAAAGAAGAAGAAAGGUGACAGUUUACAAUUAAGCCCCUACAACCUGAAGGAUGGAGAUAUUAUUGGUGUGAAGGUAAAUAAACUGAUUUAUCAACAAAAUUCCUCUGCUUAAUUCCAAGUGAUUUCUCCUCCACCACCACUGCAUCCCCAGAUAACAGAGCUCACAAGUUUUAGCAGGUUUUCAUGAACCACUGAAAGAGGCUUUUCAGGGAGUACAAGUUGCUGCAGGCAAAGUUGGAAAAGAGAAAGAUCCACAGUGUUGGAUCUCCAUACAACCCAGAUUUAAUAAGCUGUGAAUUACAAAAUCUAGGUGAAUGUGUGCAGAAGUGUACAAUUAUGUGCUUUUAAAUUGUGUUUUGGGGUAUCUUGCAGCCAUAGAUAAUGAGGCCAGUUCAUUUAUGGUAGCCUAUCUUUUGUUUUACUUACGAUUUGAGAUUUUUCUUUUGGGAGAUCUGGUUUUCCAUCACUCCCCAUUUCUGUCAGGGGCAUUCCUAUUCUGCUUAUAACUUCUAGCUGUGUUAAGAGGUUUUGAUAUGAUAAAGCAGGAUAGAAGUUUUAUAAAUAAGCACUGUGGGGUAGCUUUGUCCUCCUUUCCAACUGAGGAAAGUGCUUUCGCAAGAAAUUUUUGGAAGAAGGUCAUGUAAUUUCUUUUCUUUGUAGCGAAGAAUAGCGAAGAACUUUAAUUCUUAAUAACAUUACUUAAUGCAGUUUAAUGUCAUUAGUAAAAAAUACCACUUGUAAAAAUGUAUCUGCCUUUAUAAGGAGAGUACUAUUAGGAAUUGUUUUCACAAUUAUUUCAUUAAUUUGCACAACAGAAUCUCCUGCUUGAUGACAGUAAAGACUUCAGUACCAUGAAAGAUGAUAUUGGAAAACAAAUGCAGAAGCAACUUGCUAUGGAAAAAACAAGGUAUAUCUUAGUUUUUUAUAGAAUUUAUACCAUGCCUUUCUCUCAGCAAGAAGCCCAUAUAAAUUGUCUAAACACAGAAAGCAGUAAAAUGAAUCCAGUUGUGUCCUCAAAUGUGGUGAUUGGAUUAUUUUAUGUAGAAUUGGAAUUGGCAAUUGGAAAAGAGGCCUGUUAACAAAAUGAAGAAUGUUAUAUAGAAAUGUUUCGCAUUUCUGUUGACUGGCCUCUGCACAUACAUCUGUUCUAGAACAAUGUAACUCUGGUUGUUGUCUCACUCUCUCCAAAACAUGUGUUAUUCAAGACAGCAACAUGGUCUGGAAGAGAUGUUAGGGUUACAAAUGAUUAUUGUAAAGCAUCUACUUGCUUGCAUUGUUGGGCAAUGACCAGUUUGGCAUCAGGGAAUAUGCAGGGCUAGAAAACAACUCAGCGCUAUUUCCAUAUGAUGUUCAAUGAGUCAAAUGAAAGAUUUAAUUACAACAAAGUAUUAUCUCAAAAGUUAGUAGGAUGAAUUAUGAUUUAGAUUUUAAUGCCAUAAAUUCAAGGGCUAUUCAGUUGCACUUGUUUGCACGUUUGGUCUGCUGCAAGGUAAUAAAAUUGAUUUUGAAAGAAUGUGAAUAAUUGAAAAAUGAAAUUUUAAACCACCAUAUUAUAGGACCUGAUCUAGUUAAAGUUAAUCAUAGCCAGCAUUAACUAACACCACAUGAAUGUGCUGGUCUAUUUUUGUUUGAACUCUGGGUUUGAAGGAAUGCUUCUAUGGCAUCAACCAAGGAGCAGAACAGGCUGUUUUUAUCCAACCCAUUGAUCUGUAGUGACCUUGCCUUUUUGGAAAUUAACUCAUUUAUCCACUAUGAUAUGCUGGGAUUCUGCCCAAUUUUCUAAUACAGGAUUCAAGUUUAUGUGUUUUACAGCACAUUUAGGAUACUAAUUAUAUACACUUCAGGGUUUGCAUAUUACAAAUGUGCAAUAAAGAAAAACCCUGCAGAAAGAAUUUAUUUGCAAUGGAUUUCUAUGAUUCACCUCCCAGAGCAGUUCAUCAAGAUACUAUUUCACAUUUCUCCUUAGUAGAAAUGCCCAUCAAAAUAGCCUGCAAUUGCUGGGAGAGCUCAAGCUGUGGCCUGCCAGCCAGAUCCUGUUACUCACCCCAGCUUUAAGGAGCUUUGUGUUCCAGACUCAAGCUUGCCUUGCAUAUAUUUCUAAUACUUGAUUGACUAACUUUAAUAGUGUAUCUGCUUUUUGUUUUCCAGUAGCCAGAAGCCUGACUGUGUGCAGAAUGAUCAUUACUCUGAAAAAAAGAUGGCUAAGAAUCGUAAACCUGAAGCAGCACUCUCCAUCAGUGUAGGGGUUUUCAGCUGACUCCCUGGGUCUAAACAAACCUUGUAUCUUACUGAAUAGAAUGGAGUUGCCUCAGUUUGGCUAGCCAAGGAACGGUCUUCCUUGAGACAAGCGCUCUAUCCUAUUGUGGAAAAGUGCUUUAAUUCUAUUAUAGUUCAAGCACUUACUAUCAGGGUGGGUAUCUGCACUUUAAUAAUGAGAACAUAUACGAAUAUCUUAAUCUUUCAGUGGUUGGUUGUAAUAACCAUGUGCUUUAAUCUGAUCAUACGCCGUAUUAUCACUGCAGUGAUUGCUUUUCCCCUUACGGAUUUAUGUACGUGAAAAUAUUUAUGAAAAUGUAGCCUGAAAAGUUAACAUGUGCAGUGAAUUCAGAAGGAAACUUUUGUCACCCAUGGGAGUGACUCUUCAGACAAAAUGUGAGAACUAUUAGUUGAAUUUAAUGCAUCCCCCUUUUCACACCAUUUAUUAUGGCUGGAAAAUCUGUGAGCUGCAAAGCAGCCUAUGGCAAAACAAUUACGUGCUUAGAGAAAUGCUAAAUUUAAAAUUUCAACACACACUUUUCUGUGCUGUAAUUUGGCCAUUAAGUAUUAACUCCAAACUUGAUUAGCUACCAAGUAAUUAGAUCCAAGUUUGUUUUGGGGGGGAUGCCAAAAUUUACAGGGUUAGUCUAAAAAACAAUAUAACACGCAGAAAGAAAUAGCUGUAGCCUAUGGCUUGGAUCCAAAGUUCCCACUGUUCAAGUGGAAGACCUCUGUGUGUGUGUGUGUGUGUGUGUGUGUGUGUGUGUGUGUGCGCGCGCUUGCAUGCAUGCAUGCAUGUGUGCACAUAUGUGUAUUGCAUAUUCCCCUGCCCCUUUGUUCUUGUUUACCAUAUAUUUUGGCCUGGUUCAAAAUACACCAGCCCAAACGUCUCUCUAUGCACAUUGGGUGAAGUGAGAUUAUGUCUUUUAACCCAACUCAGAAGGAAUUCCUCUCCCACCUGAUAACCACAUGUGGGAGAAAUGUUUGCCUAUGGCUUAAAUGCAUACAGUGUAACAUGGCAUAAUCUGGGACAUUCUUCUUCUUUCAUACACCUUCCUGAAACAUUGCCCACAUAUAUCGACAGCUGCUAUCCUAAAGGGUGGAAUCGGUGUGUUGGGUGGACUGUGAGGGCAAUAUACUCUUGCUCUUCACCAUGUAUGAGAGAGAGAAUGGAGGAAAAUAUGGUCUAAACCAGGCCUUUGUGGAAAUAGAUUUUUCUGCCAACAUUCUGUGCAAUCCUAUCUAAACAAUACGGCGUUCAGAAAUGUGUACUACUGAAGUAAACAGAGAUUUAAAUAAAUGGGGAAAGGGUACAGGUAAAUAUCAGGAUGUUUGCUGACCUUUUUUGUAUAUCAUUUCCUAAGAGGCAGCCUGUAUUUCUCAUGUCAAUGUAUGUCUUUUGUUCAUAUAAUUGCUGAAAUGCCUGUUGGGAACCAUCUAUCGUGAAUGAACAGAAUCCACCAGGAUAUAGGUGCAUAGCAUAUUUAACAUUAUAGAAACAUUUCUCCAAGAGUCCCCCAGAAUCAUUUUUUAGGAAAAAGCGAACUGUUCCAAAAAAUGUUUUUGUCAAUAGUCCUCCAUAACUUAUUUCCACAAAGUAUUUGUCCCAAUGCACACUGUACAUUUUCACCCCAGUAUGAACUCUAGCAAAUAAUGGUCUAACCUUAAAAAUUGGUAUUCGAAUAUAUAUUUUGGAGAACAGGCCUGGGAAAGAAAGGCCACUGAGAGUGUAAAUUGAAAUAAUGAAUGAUAUUGGGCGGGGCGGGUGGGGGGAGAUAGAGGUAACUGGGAUUGAUCAGGGAGAGGUAGCUGUUUGUGUAAGCAAACUUUGUUGUCAUGGUUUCAGUUUACUAACUGAUAGAACUAUUAGCAAGUUAUCCCUGUUCAUUGGGUUUUCACAUUUUGAAGGCCAUUUUGCUGUUUGCAUUCUUAACUGAAGUAUAGAUUUAAAUUUAUCACCUAUCCAGACACUGUACUGACAUAGGAUUCUCCAGAACCAAUUAUCUUAACUGACAUAUUAAAAGAUCUAGUGUGUUGCAAGACGGAAACACAAGUCAUAGCAUGCUGUAUCAGAGGGUAUAAAUAAGUUUAAUAAAGCUUGUACAAUCACACCUGGGGGUGGGGAGGAUCCUCCUUAAUCCUUCAUGUAGUGAUCACUUGGGAUUUGAGCAAAUGCUGAAUCUUCAGCAUCUGUCCACCUGCUAUGGAACCCCGAUCGCAUAAGGCACCCAAGAUGUAGAAAAAGGCUGCUAGUUGAGGAAUCUGGGAAUACUGCCUCAUAAAGCAAUCCCAUGGGAGAUUUUUUUAAAAAAUUAUGAAGUUAUUUAAUGAACAUGAGACUCAGACACGUUUAUAUACAAAAAGGAACUAUGUGCCUUUAAUAAACUGUAAUGCAGUAAUGGCUGCAGGAAGCCAAUACCAAGUUGCUUGUGAUGUUGGCUUGAUUAUUUUGUUAUAAAAUUAUGGGACGUUCCACAAUCGAACAUUUUGUGAAAAGUUAUACCUUUAUAAUGGAAUGUCCAGGAUUCCGCAGUUCUGGUUGUAUUACAAUGCAAGUAAUUUUUUAUAGUUAAUUUUUAAUAAGUCUGAUUUUUCUUGUACUUGCAAAAGAAAUAAAGAGUUUAAAUGUUUUGUUUGUACUGUAUUUAUAAUAAGGUAUUUUUAUUUAUUUAUUUAUUUUUAUGUCAAAUCAACCACUACAAACAAUAAACACAAAUAAAUAUCAAAAACAAACUUAUGGACAAAACCCCCCGACAUACCUUUACUGCAACUAAUAUUUCACCCACGUGACUUCCCUCUACCACAACUUUACACCCUUAAGCCAGUAUUUUUAUUUUAUUUUUAUCAUCAUCAUCAUUCCCCAGCCAGCCACUCUGGGCAGCUUCCAGUACAUAUGAAAACAUGCUAAAACAUCAGACAUAGUUAUUUAUCUCCUUGACAUCUGAUAGGAGGGUGUUCCACAGGGAGGGUGCUACUGCAGAGAAGGCCCUUUGCCUGAUUCCCUGUAACUUCACUUCUCACAGUGAGGAAACUGAAUCCCAAUUGGAAGGGAUCUAAAUGGUUCACAUCCUCUAGGCUUGCCUGGAGUUGAUCAGUAAUCACGCAAUCGCCUCGCCCAGGAAUGGAAGAUUUGAGACUGGUCGAUAGUUGGCCAUAGUGGCCGGGUCCAAAGAAGUUUUUUUAAGAAGCAGUUUGAUAACUGCUUCUUUAAGCGGGUCAGAAAAAACUACCUCACAGACGGAAGGAUUCACCACCCCACAGAGCUCUUUGCCCAACCCUGCCCAAGCAACUUUUUAUGAGCCAGGUGCUUUGUUUCAAUAAUAGAUUAAUAACUGCCUUUUUAGGUAAAGGUAAAGGGACCCCUGACCAUUAGGUCCAGUCGUGACCAACUCUGGGGUUGCGGUGCUCAUCUUGCUCUAUAAGCCGAGGGAGCCGGCAUACAGCUUCCGGGUCAUGUGGCCAGCAUGACUAAGCUGCUUCUGGUGAACCAGAGCAGCGCACGGAAAUGCCGUUUACCUUCCCUCCAGAGCGGUAUCUAUUUAUCUGCUUGCACUUUGAUGUGCUUUCGAACUGCUAGGUUGGCAGGAAACUGCCUUUUAGGUUGAAACAAUUUAUUUGAUAGUGAAGUAUGUGCAAAAGAAACCAUGAAAGGUUGGCAAAAUCCAAUUUUGAAGAAAAUGUUAAAGUGCAAAUGCACAAUGUUAAUAUUAUGUUGUGUUAAACAGUAUCCCAGCAUCUCCUCGGAAGAGCCAGUGGCUCGUGAAGAGUGGCUUCACACUCUGUUCUAAAACAGAGGUGCCAACCCAACAUUGCAUGAUAAACUGCUUUGUGUAAUGGAAAGGGGUUUUAAAAGCAGCUUGAUAUGGCACAUGGGUAUGCUCAAAGAUAAUGAAAGCAUGUUCAAAGAAAAGGAAAACAUUCCAGUUAAGUUAGUGAAGACCCUCAUAUAACCAAGAGCAGCCAUGUUAAGUCAAUGUUAUUGCAUCUAUCUUGGGCUUCUGUAGUCUCCAGAAUGUUUAGAAUAACUGGUUCCCUCAUUGCAGAGAGCUGGACUAGAUGACCCCUUGAGCACUUCCAACUUUACAAUUCUAUGAUGAACAGUUUUUGUACCGAGCCUAAAAAAUUGAGUGCAUGCACAUUGAUAACAGAUUAGUACAGUCAUACCUUGAUUUUUGAACAGAAUGCAUUCUGGAAGUCUGUUCCGACUUUCGAAACGUUCAGAAACCAAGGUGCAGGCGCACCAGAAACAAUAGCGGAAGCUGCAUUGGACAUUCAGCUACCAAUUUUUUCCCCAAAAACUGGAAAACUUCCAGGUUUCGAUCUUUUUUGGAGCCGAAACGUAGGAGUACCAAGGCGUUCGACAACCAAGCUCUUUCUGCAUCAACCAAUAACAUGGCCAUCUUUUUACUUGGUUUCAUUUCCACAUACUCCAAAAGGUCAAUUAUUAUUCUUGUAUAUGUCUUUUAUAUUCUUUUAUAUGUCUAUCCGGUAAGAAGUCCGCCUGGUCUCUGCUGAUUAUUUUGUUUAGAGUCUUUUUAAAUCUAUUAGCCAUCACUCCAGCAUAGAUUUUAUAGUCUGCAUUCAACAGGGAGAUUGGUCUAUAAUUUUUCAUGUCUGUCAACUCCACUCCGUUUCGGGAUUUGAACGAUCAGUGCUUCUUUCCAUGAUUGUGGUAUAUCUUUCCCUCCCAGUAUAUUAUUCAUUAUUCUUUGUAAUAUAGGGAGGAUUACUUCUUCCAGGUUCUUAUAGUACAUUAAUGAGAUUCUCUCAAGACCUGGCAAUUUGCCACUUUUCAUUUUUUUUUUUAUUACUUGUGCUAUUUCAUCUAUUUCUAUAUUGGAGUUUAGGGCCUCAACUUCUUCUUUUUCAAUUCUUGGUAAUUUAGUUUGUUGUAAAUACUCUUCCAUUUUAUUAACACAAAUCUUUAUAAAAGUUUAAGAAUUUUAUUUUUAUUUUUACUGGGUUGGUUAUUUCCUCCCCUUGGUCCAUAAUUUUAUAUAUAUAUAUAUAUAUAUAUAUAUAUACACACACACACACACACACACACAUAUAUAUAUAUAUAUAUAUAUAUAUAUAUAUAUAUAUAUAUAUAUAUAUAUAUAUAUAUAAAAAAUUUGCUUUUCCUUUAUCAUCCAUGCUAACAACUUACCGGGCUUAUUGGCGGACUCAAAAUACCUUUCUUUUGCCCAUUUAAUUUAAUUUUCUACUUCCUUAUUUAAUAUACUAGAGAUAUGGGAUUGCAAUAUCUAUUUUUUGUACUAUUUCAUGAUUUUUUGGAUUUUUGAUCAACUCUUUUUCAUUAAUUCUUAUCUGUUUAGUUAGCUCUUGGAUAUUAUUGUCUUUUAUCUUCUUCAGCCUAGCCAUUUGUUGUAUUCCAAGACCCCUCAUGUACGCUUUACUUGCGUCCCAAACUACAUUUAUAUCUGUAUUUUGUUUCUCAUUUAUCUCGAAAAAUUCUGCUAACUUGAUAAAUGGUAAAUGGUGUUUCCGUGCGCUGCUCUGGUUCGCCAAAAGCGGCUUAGUCAUGCUGGCCACAUGACCCAGAAGCUGUACGCCGGCUCCCUUGGCCAAUAAAGCGAGAUGAGCACUGCAACCCCAGAGUCGGCCACGACUGGACCUAAUAGUCAGGGGUCCCUUAACCCUUUACCUUUUAACCGAUAUAUAUUUCUUAACAGAUAUGGUUAAGUGUAAGAAGGAAUAAAGUAUGUCAACUAGCCUAGAAGUGAAUCAACUACAGUAUAUUUUUAACUUACUCUCCUAAUAAUUUGUAUAUAAAUUAUAAAAGUGGUAUAUAAAUUUUGUUAAAUGAAAAGAGGAAAUGUUCAGACUUUCAAACAGUGUGUUAUGCCUGAGCCUUCAUUGCUGAAACUCCCAACAGCAUUUUCGUGCUCACAAACACCUGAUGAAGGAACCAUUGUGACAUAAACCAUUCAAGCAGAGUUAAAAGGGGCAACAGGCUGUCAACAGUGGCAGUAGUUGGGAGCUCCCUGCUAUUAAAAAGCCACAGGAAGUCUUUUCGUACUGCCUGAGGAAUUAAUCCCUUAUUUAACAUUCAGAAUUGCUGGAUCGAUUUAACAGGACUGGAGCUAACAUUUGCUUGGAUUUGGCACCAUUGAUAGGGAACUGCCUGCUGCGUCCUCCGCUUUGAAGUCACCCUGGUCUUUGGGCCUCCAGCACUUUCUUCAGCAUGUCCAACCCAUCUAAGAGGCGUAUGAUAAUGGUGUUCCACUGGGUUAGGAAGAAGCCCCUGACAGAGAAGCCGUGCUCUAGCACCUCGGCCAGACCUUCUGCCUCUGCACCGGCUUGCAACACUCCUCACAUUUCACCCUACUUCACGAGGAGCAAGACACAACCCGCUCCGCUCAGGAGGUCCAGCAGGCGCAAGGUGCCGCGAUUGCCGAAUCUCACCGACCCCAAGUUUUUAAGAUCGGUCACUGGCAGCGUUGGCCGGAAGAGAGCCCGCAGGCGUGGCAAGCCAAAGAAGACUCCGAGACUUCCAGUUUAACCGUGGACAUCAUAGAAGCGCGGAAAAACCUCUCUGAGGCUUUCCGAGCGGCGCGGGGGCUCUGAGGGUGGCGCAAGGGCACUGCGCACCUCCAAACCUCAAGGGGAUCAUCUUUGGGGGACAGGGGCACCCAGCGGCGCCACAGCUGCUCCCCUGUUUUCUCGGGGUUUUUUUUAAGGCCCGAGAGUGGGACGGAGUGGCAGGCGCGAAAGGGAAAGCACCACCACCCCCGCGCUGUGCUGUCUCUAGAAAUGUAUAGAAAUGAUGAAGAAACUGUAAGAGAAGAUGUAUAUUAAGAAAACCGCAACUGGGAAGGAAGGAAGUCGAGGCGUGAUUUUACGCAAUGUAAAUAAGAUGAUAUUAAGAAUGAUUGUAAAGACUGUUUUAUUUUGUUUGUGGGAAAAUUCAAUAAAAAAUAUUAUAAAAACAAAACAAAAGAAGACUCCAGCGGGAACAGGAAAAGGGGUGAGGGCUAGGCUAGAGGCAAGAAGGCUCCAAAGCUAUUUGCGGGGUGGGAUUGCUUUGGAAGAUGCCUUCUUACAAUCUCUCCCCUUGAACCACGUAAGGACAUAAGAGAUGCCUGCUGGAUGAGGCCACAUUGGCCUGUCUAGUCCAGCAUGCUGUUCUCACAAUGCCCAACCAGAGGCCUGUAGAAACAAGCGCGUUUUGUAUUCCCUUCCUAUACUUUCCAUCAACUACUAUUCACAAACAUUACUGCCACUGACUGUGGAGGUGAGAGCAUAGCCAGUGUGCCUAGUGGCCGUUGAUAGCCUUCUCCUGCAUAAAACCAUCCAAGUUGGUGGCCGUCACAGCUUUCUGUGGGAUUGAGCUUCCAGAGGGGUAGCUGAGCAUGCCUGCUGCAGCAAAAACAGGAAUUAAAAGCACAUUUCUCCCAAAGAAUCCUGGGAACUACAGUUUGUAAAGGGUGCUACAAAUUGUAGCUAGGCGGUAGAAGGGUAAUCUACAGUUCCCAGGAUUCUUACAGGGGAGAAGCAAUAAUGCUUUUAAUGUAUGGUGUGUACACAGCCUCAAAUUAGUGGAGCCAUCAGGGCAGGAAUCUGGGGCAAAUGUCCAUGGGCCCCACUUGGCACAAUGACCAGGACCCCUCCCCCCAAGUUAACUAGGCUGGCGUACCACAUUUUAAAUUUCAUUCUGAAAACUCAGUAUGCUAAAGAAUUUUAUUUCAUUUUUAAAUGGGAUGAGGAAGGGAUGUAUGUAGGAAGACACUCUUGGGAAAUUUCCCAAUGCUCCAGAUAUUUUGGAUGUAUUAGACUAGGACCUGCAAAAGCAGGGUUCAAAUCCCAACUCAGCCAUGAAGUCCACUGGGUGACCUUGGGCCAGUUCCUCUCUUUCUCUCAGCCCAACACAGAGUAACACAUGAAACCGGUCCAUUCAGUUCAUACACCACCGGUCUUCAGCUGGUGGGUUGGCACCCACUAACAUGCUGCAGCCCGAUCCAAGGUGGGUUGCAACCAGAGAGCUACCACCCUGCCAAUAUAUGGGGAAAGAUUAAGAAAUGGGUCCCCAAAUGCAUGUAUGAUUCAAAGUAGGUCCUGGGUCUUCAAAGGCUGAAGAUACUUGGUUUGCGCUGAUUGGCAGCAGCCCUCCAAGAUUUCAGGCAGGAUCUCUCCCAGUCCCACCAGGAGAUGCUGGGGACUGAACCUGAUGCCUUCUGCAUGCUAAGCAGUUGUUCUACCACUGAGCUAUGGCCCUAGCUCACAAUAUUGCUGUCCGGAUAAAAUGGAGAAGGUGGAGGCUGAAGUGUGUAUGCUCUGUGGAGGAAAGGUGGGAUAGAAGUGUAAGAAGGAAUAAAGUAUGUCAACUAGCCUAGAAGUGAAACAACUACAGUAUAUUUUUAUCUUACUCUCCUAAUAAUUUGUAUAUAAAUUAUAAAAGUGGUAUAUAAAUUGUGUUAAAUGAAAAAGAGGAAAUGUUCAGACUUUCAAACAGUGUGUUAUGCCUGAGCCUUCAUUGCUGAAACUCCCAACAGCAUUUUCGUGCUCACAAACACCUGAUGAAGGAACCAUUGUGACAUAACCCAUUCAAGCAGAUAUAAGGGGCAACAGGCUGUCAACAGUGGCAGUAGUUGGGAGUUCUCAGCUAUUAAAAAGCCACAGGAAGUCUUUUCGUACUGCCUGAGGAAUUAAUCCCUUAUUUAACAUUCAGAAUUGCUGGAUCGAUUUAACAGGACUGGAACUAACAUUUGCUUGGAUUUGGCCCCUUUGAUAGGGAACUGCCUGCUGCGUCCUCCGCUUUGAAGUCACCCUGGUCCUUGGGCCUCCAGCACCUUCUUCAGCAUGUCCAACCCAUCUAAGAGGCGUAUGAUAAUGGUGUUCCACUGGAUUAGGAAGACGCCCCUGACAGAGAAGCCGUGCUCUACCACCUCGGCCAGACCUUCUGCCUCUGCACCGGCUUGCAACACUCCUCACAUUUCACCCUACUUCACGAGGAGCAAGACACAACCCGCUCCGCUCAGGAGGUCCAGCAGGCGCAAGGUGCCGCGAUUGCCGAAUCUCACCGACCCCAAGUUUUUAAGAUCGGUCAUUGGCAGCGUUGGCCGGAAGAGAGCCCGCAGGCGUGGCAAGCCAAAGAAGGCUCCAGUGGGAACAAGAAAAGGGGAAGCGGCCUACUGGAGUCGCCACUGACAUACACUCUCAGCCAGAGCCAGUUUGCCAAGCAGAAAAACUCCUGGCCGGCAAGGACAACGUCCACGGCCAGGCCAAGAACCAGCCAGCAGCCCAUCUUGGAGGAAGGAAGAUCACCCUCCGGGGAGCGGGGCCAGGUGACAGCGGCGCCUGCGCAGUGAGGGGGCAAGCGGGCUUCCCUGACGAGCUCGAGGGAGCUUACAGAGAAAAACAAGCUCAAAACACAAGAAGAAAACAAUUUUUAAAAUAAUAAGAAUUGAAUAUGGAUAGACUUUAUAGGCUGCAAACCGCCCCGAGGCCUCCAGAGGAAGAGCUGUAUAUAAUAAAUAGUUAUAACAUACAUAAAUAAUUACAAUAAAAACGACACUAGCAAAAAAUACAUUCCCUGUUUUGUUUAAUAUUUUUAUCUGCCGCCCUUUUCCUUGACAGGAACUCCAAGUCAGCGGCUCAGCGCCUCCGGGGGAAGCGGUCCGGCGGCACAAAGAUUCCUCCGCCUUCCGGCCGGGCUCCCGGGGCCUCCCGACGUCACCUUCCCGCGUCGCCCAAUGCGGGCGCCGGAUGUGGAGGGGCGGGGCAAGCAGGCCCCGCCCCGGAGCGGCCUUCUGUUGCUAGGGCCGCGGAGUCGGGUAGCAACGGCGAGGAGAAGCUGAAAUCAAACUGUUUGAGAUUUACAGCGUCGGCUGUGUCUCUAGAGACUGAUAUGGAAGAGAAAGCUGGGGCAGAUGAAAGCUGAAAAUGCACCAUGGUUUUCUCUCUCUCCAGGCCUCCCAGCAGUCAUUCUUCCUCUAGUCACUGCUGUGGAUACAUGACCUGACUAUCUGUCUACAAGGGAUUUCCACAUGGCAGGGUUUAUGUUGCUAGCCUUCAUGUUACGUUUGCAGACAUAGUUGUAAGAGAGUUGGUCUGCCAGCGGGUCUGGUGCCUGAAGCCAGCUCCCCAAAGAGCACAUCCUUGAGGAUCCUGCUGUCUUCCAUGUUGUGGACAUGAUCAAGCCCGUGUAGAUGUGUGAACAUGCUGGGAAUGUGGGCUUGUGAGAGCCCAUAUUGGAUAUUCUGUCCUACCAUGUGAUGCCCCAAAAGUUCCUGAUGCAGCACAUGUGGAAGUCAUGGAGGCGUUGCUCCUGGGGGUGUAAGUUGCCCACGACUCCCAAACUACUAUUUUUACAAGGCAUGUCCUCCUAAAAUGCAUGCAUAUUAAGAGCAAACAGAGUAUGCCUUUUUCAUUGCAGCCCUUAUGGAAAUGUAUGCAGAUUUAAAACUUCUAACCAUUCAAUGAAGAUUUGAGUGACAGCCCUCCUUUUGUUUUCUUUACUCUGCUCAUUUUGAAGCUCUCUACAUCUAUGGUACAAUUUUCUCACAUAGAAGCAGGUCAGAGGAUGACAAGAAAGGGAAGGUGGAAGAAGACAAGUUACAAAGCAGAAGCAUCCAGUAGCAGAGAACAGUAGCUGAGAGUUAUGUAGAAACGGGUGGAAAAUCCUACCCAUUCUUUCUUUUAUUCUAUUUACCGUAUUUUUCCGUGUAUGAGAUGCCCCCAUGUAUUUUGGGGGACUCCUAUUUCAGACAAUGGGGAGAUGGCCCAGAGUUGUUGAGCGUUUUGGGAGGAGGGAAUGCCCAAAAUCACCCACCAUAAUGAUAAACGCUGCCUAUCGCACGCGUCACAAAAGCAGCAAACCGACGGCCCGAUCGCCACCACUAGCCGGCAAGCGCACGCACAAUUGACGCAGCGGAAGCCAAUCAACAGCAGCCCUUGAUGCAUCCAAAAAUCAACAACCCAAUUGCUGCCGCAGCAGCCAAUCCAAACCAGCCAUUGCCACAGCCACCAAACACCCACCCCAUCGUGUAAAUGUUUUAUAGUCUAUAUUUAAUAAAGAUAUUGGCCUGUAGUUUUUUAUAAAUCUCAGAUCUGUGCCUUGCUUUGGGAUAAGAGUUAUUAAUGCUUCUUGCCACGAAUUGGGUAUUUCUCCUUUAUCUAGAAUUUCAUUCAUGAUUGAUUGUAAUUUGGGUGUUAUUAUUUCCUCUAGUUUUUAUAAGAUGUUACUGAGAUUCCGUCUGGUCCCGGCGAUUUCCCAUCCUUCAUAUUUUUAAUCACUUUUUUAAUCUCUUCAAGUUCAAUAUUUGAAUUUCAAUUUGCAUAUUCUUCUUCUAUGUCUGGUAGUCUAUUUUCUAAUAGGUAUUUUCUCUUCUCCCUCACCAAGUAAUGCAUUGUGCAAAGUACCCUUGUCAUGUCUCUGACUUUGACAAGGAAACACUGAAAUUAAAGAAAUUCCCCAAAGAAACAGGUAAGUACGGCAGUAUUGCAAAGUCAGUAUUAUUUCCUUGAGAUGGCCAGAAGACAAUGCUGAUGGACAAGUGCUGUUAAUUAUUAAGGGGUUGAAGCAUGUUGCUGCAACACAUUGGGGUGGGGUGGGGGACUGAUGAACGGACAGAGCAUCAGGAAGUGGUACAAACGGUGAGCAAAAUUUGAAGAAUUCUUGGCUGGGCAAAGAGAGCAAGUUAGCCACAGUGGGAUCUGCUCACGAAAUAGGUUUAUCUGGGAAGGGUAAAAUGCUGACUUGGCUCCACCAACACUCUGCCUUUAAGGGUUCUUGUGGGGCCAGGCCAGCUCCAGGAUCUGACGGUCCUCUCAGGCAGUGGAGCCAUCAGGGCAGGAAUCUGGGGCAAGUGUCCAUGGGCCCCACUUGGCACAAUGACCAGAACACGCCCCCCAAAGUUAAAUAGGCUGGCAUACCACAUUUUAAAUUUCAUUCUGAAAAAUUAGCUACGCCAGCUCUGUAAUACUAGAGCAAAGAUUAUAAUGCAUAUUGUUGUUGUAAUUUUAUAAAUAUUAUAAAACGCAUUCCUGCAAGCCAUGUAGUCUGGAAUAAACUCAGUCACCUCUCCCAUCAUUAAUUGUAGUCAUAGGAGUUCCUACAUGCAAAUGGAGUUCAUUAAUAAUAACUAAUAACGACUUGGAAAAGAACCUCCUGAAGCUUCGGAAAGACCAGAAAGGUUAGUUGGGAUGCUGCAGGGACGACCUCUAAAGGUGUGUGUGUGUGUACUGAACUUAAUUACCCAGCAGGUGCCCUUUCGCAAAGUCUUUUUUUGUUCUUUUGAACAACAGCCAUGGGAAAGUUGCGAGUUUAAGAAGAAAGACGGGUGAGAGGAGAGGUUACUUGACCCUGCGCCCUCCUGGCAUUUUUCUGAUUCAAAACCUCCCACCAACACCGCAGGCUGCUUUUCUACUAGGGUGGGGAGGGGUGUUGGAUCUGCUCCCCUGCCCUGAAGAAAGGCGCAGGUCAGAUGUGGGCCCAGACCUGGCCACGCUUCGCAAGAGAGGUGUGUUGGUUCAAGGUGGCCACGCUGCCUGCAACUUGCACUCCUUCCUGACAUGUCUUCCCCAAACCCCUUCUUCCAGAGGAUGUGCUGAAGAUUUCUAUCACGUGGAACACAAACUCGUGGAACUACCUCGAGGCUCAGGCAGUGGUGAAAACCCUCCUCAAGCAUGAGACGGCAGAGAGCCUCUUGCAAUACGAAGGGAUCAAAGCAGCUGUGGAGUCUCUCCUACCAUACACGGCACUUCCAGAGGCUGGGCCGGUUACUGCAGGCCUCCAUGUUCCUCGAUUUCAUGUGGCAAAACAUGAAGCUGCCUGA